CUGUGAUCCAGUUCUGUAAAGUUAAUUUGGAAAGAGAUUGAUGUGAAGCAAAAAAAAAAAAAAAAAAGAGCCAGGAAUGUGUGCAAGUGGAACAGGAUCUGAAUGUCACAUUUCAAGGUAUUUUACCUGCUGAGAUCUGCUCCUCUCUGCCUAUUAUCUCAUGAAGGGUUUGCAAACACAGAGCAAUAUGACAGCAGCGACAUACAAAUUCUGCAGAUCUUAUUCUUCAGGAAACAGGUGAAUACUUUGCUGCUGGGAGGAUUUUUUUUUAUUUUUUUUUGAAAAUUUUCAUAUUUUUGCUUGAUUUUUUUAUUUUUUGGACACAAAUUUUGUUUCUUUGUUGCUUUUGUUUCUGGUUCCAAACUUAAACCAAGUCUGAGAGAAGACACAACAGGGAUGGUGAAAUUCUGAUCACUACUAGUGCCUGUCUGCCUCACCCCCUCAUCACUUAACUACACGUGUGACCCGCAUACAAAUCCCCAGUACCCCUCAGCAAGGAGGCAGAGGAGAGGGGGUGGGAGGUCCUCUCUGGCUGGACAUGGUGAAUAUCCCUUGGGAUUUACAAACACUUACUGACUGAUCUGGGUGCUCACAAUAUUAAAAGGGGGCUGGUGUGUCUGUGAUACCUGGAACUGCCCUGUCUGGGACCAACAGGAACCCCCCCUCCCAAUCUGUCAGCUCUGACGUCUAGAGUGGACCCUGCAAUCCAGGAAUAUGAACAAGAAGACCAGACGCUGGAUCUUUCACAUCUUUCUGAGUCUGGGGAUUGUCUACAUCAAAAUUGGGUAAGUAACGUAAUGUCACAGACAAAGACUAAAGAGCUACUGACAGGGGCCAGUGAUUAAACACAAAGGACCAGUGACAGGAUCUAGUGAUGAGAGUUAGGGAAGGAAUGGUGGUAGAGAAGAUUAAGUAGGAAUCAAGGAGCAGUUGUCAGGAAUCACAUUUCAUUGCCAGUAAUCAGAAGCCCAGUAAUAGGGGCCAAGACCAUUAAUCAGAAGCCCAAGGUCAGUGACUCGGGGACCCAGGAAAAGUGUCAGCCAUAUAGAAUCAUUGUUACAGCAAGGUAGCCCAUAUUCAGAGGCUCAGGGGAUUAUUAUUAGUGACAAGGGCCAGCACGCACUGAAAGUUUCCUGGGUACUUUGCCAUUCAUUCAUUUGAAACAUUAAGUAAAAACUGUGAUUUCCUUCCUGAUCCCUCAGAAUACAUCUGGCGGCAACAGGUAACGAGAAUCCCAGUACUUCAAAAAGCAUCCAGCAGCUGGAUAUACAAAACUUCUUAUACCUCACUUUAUGUCCAACAGCUGCAGGUUCUCUAAGGAGCCAUCUAGUACCUGUAGGUACGGAGCUCCAUAAUCCCUUAUCAUGCAUCCAGCUGCAAGUACAGGUCUCCCUAAUCCCUUAUCAUGCACCCAGCUGCAGGUACAGGUCUCCCUAAUCCCUUAUCAUGCAUCCAGCUGCAGGUACAGCUCUCCCUAAUCCCUUAUCAUGCAUCCAGCUGCAGGUACAGGUCUCCCUAAUCCCUUAUAAUGCACCCAGCUGCAGGUACAGGUCUCCCUAAUCCCUUAUAAUGCAUCCAGCUGUAGGUACAGAGCUCCCUAAUCCCUUAUCAUGCACCCAGCCGCAGGUACAGGUCUCCCUAAUCCCUUAUCAUGCAUCCAGCUGCAGGUACAGGUCUCCCUAAUCCCUUAUAAUGCAUCCAGCUGUAGGUACAGAGCUCCCUAAUCCCUUAUAAUGCAUCCAGCUGCAGGUACAGGUCUCCCUAAUCCCUUAUAAUGCACCCAGCUGCAGGUACAGGUCUCCCUAAUCCCUUAUAAUGCAUCCAGCUGUAGGUACAGAGCUCCCUAAUCCCUUAUUAUGCAUCCAGCUGCAGGUACAGGUCUCCCUAAUCCCUUAUAAUGCACCCAGCUGCAGGUACAGGUCUCCCUAAUCCAUUUUAAUGCAUCCAGCUGUAGUUACAGAGCUCCCUAAUCUCUUAUCAUGCAUCCAGAUGCAGGUACAGAGCUCCCUAAUCCCUUAUCAUGCAUUCAGUUUAUUAUGGUACAGAGCUCCCUAAUCCCUUAUCACGCAUGCAGCACCUGCAGGUACAGAGCUCCCUAAUCCCUCCUCCCUUAUCAUGCAUCUAGCUGCAGGUACGGAGCUCGCUAAUCCCUUAUCAUGCAUCCAGCUGCAGGUACAGAUAUUUAUGAUCGUACAGCAUGCACCCAGUAGCUGUAUGCAAAAAGCUUCAUAUUGUCUGAUGAUGUCCCCAAUAGCUGCAGGUGCAGAGAUUUCUAAUCCCUUAGUGUAAAUACCGUAGUUUGUGGUACAUAAUUUUGUACUUAAUAGAUACCCUGCAACUGCAGUUACAAAGUUUCCUAAUUCCUUAAAUUGCAUUUUACAGCUGCAGGUAAUGAGUUUCUCAGCCCCCAGGAUGCAUUUAGUUGCUGCAAGGGCAAAGUCUGACCCCUCAGGUGCAUUGCACGAGUGCAGAUACGCAAUUUUAUAUUACCUUCAAGCAGUUAUAAGUACAGGGUUUCUUUAUUGACUAACAUGUACCCCACAUCUGCAGGUGGUUGGAAAACAUUAUUGUUAAUGUAACUGUGCACAUGCAAAUACCAGACUAUAUAUAUCUCAUGUAUCAUAACACGUGUACACCACAUUGCUUUACCUGUAUCUGCAUGUGUGUAAUAGUCAUUGGUAUGUGCUCAGUGUACCACUGCAUGUCUGCUGGUGGGAGUUACCACAAUGAGUUCUCAGUGAAUGAGACAUAGUACUAACUUCAGGUCCCUCACCGACUGUAUUACGUGUAUAUAUUAAUCAGUGAUAUUAAUCCAAGGAUUGAUUUCUGAGAAAGAUAGUUGCUAACAGCUAGACUAUGGCUCGUUCUGUUUUCCCCACAAGGAAACAGAUAUUCAGGCAUUGAUUGAGUUGGGUUUACAGGAUCUCAUCUGAUUUACUGAAUUAAUUGAUUCUCAGACAUCACUGAAUCAAUUAAUUAUAUCUGAAGGGAUUCAUUAGUUUUUAUGGACCAAUAAUGUUCCACUCCGGAGGUUUCUCUAGAACGCCAAGGAAUGUAUUUUCUUGAUCUCUAUAGAUACGUUGGUCGUGUCUGUUUCUGGACUCACUUUUGAAUGAGUUUACAUGGUUUCGAGAGAUCUACUUUGUAAAUUUUCUUGAUCUCCAGGGAUAUAUGUAUAAUGUUUUCUGGAUAUGUAAUGGUAGAUUGGGGGCAAGAUGCUCUGAAGAAUGGGUUUGAUGGGUCUUUCAAGAUCAACUAAAUAAGUUGAGUUUUUUUUUUAUUCAUUUUCUCCAAUUUUGGAUUUAAUUUGGGAAAAUUCAAAGUUUAGUGAAUAAUCCUCUUAGUCGCUCACCAACACAUUUGUCAGUUUAAUUCGAGUGAGUUGUAUUUAUAUGUUAUGUUAUACAUUAUAUAUCCAACUGUUUUAUUUUCUUGGCUUAUAAACUAAUGUUAAAAUAAACCAGAGCUUGUGGCAGAUUUGUUUUAGAAUAUCUAUUGCAAGCCGUCAAAGUGUGCGUUUCAGGACUGCAACUCCAAUAGUUCUCUGAAAAUCUGCUCAGCACUGUUUGUCCAAGUCAAGAGCUCUUAUAUUCUAAGUAGACUUACAUCCUUUCCAUAUUUCUGCUCUUACUCUCUUUAAUUUAUAGUUCAGGAUGUUUCUUCACUUUUUGGCAGGGGACACAAGUUUUUUUUUUUAAAUCUGUGUUAUAAUUAUAGAAAAAAAAACUAACUGAUAGGGAAAAGGCGAGGUUUUGAUGGGCAUACAAUUUACACAAUCUUUCCUCCGUACGUCAUAUGUCUUUAUUAUGGACUGCCUCUAGGAAGGGUUACAAACUUUUACUGACUGAUGAUAAUGUGUAUAGUGAGAGCUAGCAGACCAAAUAAAUAACAUGGAGUGAACUGUAACACAGGCAAAUAUUUUAUUCUCUUUGCUAUUUAAAGUUAAAAAAAAAUCAAUGAAGGAGACAGGUUAGGGAUUAACCACGUGAGUGUGAUUAUUAUCUAUAAAAAAACACACACACACACUCUCCCUCUCUCUCGACUGUGGGACAUACAUGUCACAGCCUGCCCAAGAUUAAUGUGAGUCACACUCCUAAACUAUUUGUGGCCUCUGAUAUUAAAUCAGUCCAUCUCCCCUGCCUGCAUACUGGCUGCAUUUCCCAGGACAUACUUGAAAACGAGGGAAAUCUCAAUGUAUCUUUCCUGGUAAAAUAUUUUAUAAAUAUAUAAAUACUGAGAACAGUGCUUGGGGGAGAGAGAGGGAGUCUGUCACUCUCUAAUCCUUAUCCACAAAACUUGUGCAAGGAGGGAGCUGCAUUAAUGACAGCAGAUACAGUCUUGGAGUGUGACUCUGAUCAAUCUUGGGCAGGCCAGAAAGAAAGACUAUAAGAGCAGUGCCUUGCUUCCUGAGCUAACCUUGUAAGAGAUUUUUUUUUUGUAAUACUAAAGUGGCCAUGGUAUUUGGAGUAAUCCUUUAACUCACUAUGCUGAAUUAUACAUUUUAUGUCAACUGAAAAUGUUUUGUGUUACUUCUGAAAGAAUGAUGCAUGAUAUUUGAGCCUGUUCAUUGUCUAUCUUUAGUAAACAUGAUGCCAUUAGAACAUUAAAUGCAAAUGCCUGUCAAUGCCACACAUCCUUCUGCCAUUCACACCGUCCCUCAUGCAGUGUACAUUGAUAACUGUGACUGGACUGCAAAACUAACUAGGCACCACAUUAUGGUAGGUUCGUAUAUGGCAAAGCAUACCUCAAUGUCCUACUUCUCCAGCUUUAAACCAGUCAAUUAACAGCUAAAAUUGGUACUUGGUACUGAAGGCCACUUGGGCAUGAGUGCAGGCUAACCGAGCAAGAAUUAACCAUAAGGUGACUCUAGGUAGCCAUAUAGUGCCCACAAGUUAGACAGGGGCCCCGAACGGUGACUUUGCUUGUCCCCAUCAACCUACCCUACGUGAAUAAUGAAAAGGGGGUCCUAAGCAGGUGACCUGCCUGUGGGAUCUUAAUCCUCUGGUGACUAGGAACAAAGGUUGCCACCUUAAAGGUUUGCCUGUAAUUGUUUACCAACCUGUAAUGAGGCACUGGCUGCAUGAAUAACACACUAUAUGAAGAAUAGAUGGUUUAAUUUUCUGUAGCGUGAAGAAUUUCAGUGAUUUCCCAAGUUUACCCUUUAGCUCACAAGUAGCCCAGGGACUUUUGGAAAAAAAAAGGAAGACUUAUUAGAAGAAUUAGGAAAGGGGCUAUUAGUCUAACUCUUCCGUUAGGUUGUAACUAAUGUAUAAAGUUUGUUAAAUAAUGUAGACAGAUAGGAUAUGAACCAAAACAAGGGGUGUCAAUAUGGUUCAUAUUUCCUUCAUACUUCCUUCAGACGAGGGGGAGAAUGUGCUAAUGUAUAGGUUGGGCAACGUUUUAAAUCUUAUCCUCACGUGAACUCCCACAAAUAAGGUUCUGUAUAGUCUUGUAAGGCAAAUUCAGCAUGAACCUACCCAAUAGUUCUAUAUAAAAUAAGAUAUUUCUAUCCAAUUAUUUCCAGGAUAUUAUUAGUUUUUUUUCUAUGCUGCCUAAGCGUUUUAGGAAUAUAUUUAUAAAUAGAAUUAUAUAUCACAUGUUUAAAGGGUUACUCCAAGCAUCAUAACCACCACUACUGCCGUUCCACAUUAAUUGUGCAAACCGUUUUGCAACAACCCUCUUACCUUGGUCCUGCCAGAUGCUGGACUCCUCUCCUGCUGGCUGUGAUGACAUUUGCCUUCUGCAUCAAAGGAAUUAAACUAUGCAUGUGCAGCAUUUCAUAGUAAAAUGCUACAUCUACAGACUCCCAAGACCAUAACCACUUCAAAUCAGUGAAGUGGUCAUGGUGCCUUAAAUAACCCUUUAAUCUUCCAGACUGACAGAGUUUAAAAAAAUGUUUAUAUCCGAUAAGAUUAAAUAUACUAAAAUUCAACUGAUUGUUAAUGGUCUGUAUGAAACACCUUUAACUAAACUUAGCGAAUUUUUUUUUUUUUUGUCACUGUAUUUUUAGAAGUUGCACUGUUCUAGGUGUUUUCAUGACCGAUAGAAGGCUAGUUUCUGCAGUAUUCUCAGCUAAACAGGUCACAUUUCGCUACCAAGCACGUCAUAGGCAGCCAUCGAUACAGUCCAGCCACUAAAGUAAUCUGAAUCCAGCCGCUAACCUGGUCACUAGUGAUGUCCUGAACGGUUCGCCACGGACUCAUCAUUGAGUAAACUUUGACCCUGUACCUCACAGUCAGCAGACACAUUCCAGCCAAUCAGCAGCAGACCCUCCCUCCCAGACCCUCCCACCUCCUGGACAGCUCACUAAGAAUGCAGCUUCACAAUGUAAAAUGAAUGCUGUCCAGGAGGUGGGAGGGUCUGGGAGGGAGGGUCUGCUGCUGAUUGGCUGGAAUGUGUCUGCUGACUGUGAGGUACAGGGUCAAAGUUUACUCAAUGAUGGGUCCGUGGCGAACCGUUCAUGGCGAACCGUUCGGGACAUCACUACUGGUCACGCAUGAUUAUUAACCUGUUCACUUCAAGCCAGAAACCUGGUUAAAUACUGCCCUUAAAGGGAUGUUCUAAACAUUAAAUCAACUUUGGAUUAGGUAGGGGGUUUUGUUGUAUAAUUAUCAGCCGGGGAGGUGUGGCUAGAGCUGCAUAAACAUUGCAAUUCAACUCCUAAAUGGGAGAGAAUUGAGCAGUGAGACUGCUGGGGCAUUAUCUAUACAACAAAACAGCUGUAUCAAGCUAAAGUUGGUGCUUUAGCUGAUAAAAAAAGAUCAAAAUACACAGACCUGGUUACAUGUAGCCUUCCUGCACAAGUUCAUACAUGUAUGCAGUGCUGUGUCAUCUGCGAGGCUAACAAGGCAUUUGCCUUGGGCAGCACUUUCCAGGGGGCAGCAAAAAACGCCGCCUCCAACUGCCCAGGCAAAUAACUUGUUAGCCUCAUUUUAAAGGGGCCCAAGAGCUGGCCGACUGGCCACCAUUGGGCCCCCCGAGGCAGACGACCACUUGCCUGUCCAGUCCACAAUUUAUCCAAAUCCCUCUGUAGAGAAGUUAUAUGUUCAGACUGUAUUUUCGUACCUAGAAUUGUGUCGUCCACAAACACCAAUAAAUGAUUUUCAAUGUCCCCUUCAAGAUUAUUUAUAAAUAGAUUAAAUAGAAGUUGACCCAGGACAGAAUCCUGAGACUCGACACUUACCACUCUUAUCCAAUGUGAACAUUUUCCAGUUACAAAUACUCUCUACACUAAUAUUAUUGGAAGUUAGUUAUCAGAAUGAUGGAUUAUGAACAUUUAGUUCAUUUCAGGAAUUACUGAAAUUGUGUUUAACAUUGGAUAUGGUUUUUGCCUAUGUGACCAUUACAUUCUCAACUUCACUUCAAAGUGAUCACAUGACUCUAAAUCCAGUAAUACCUAAAAAAAAAUGUUCUCUUAUCAAAUUCUCAAAUAUAGAGAUAACAAUUUCCAAUGCUUUCCUGGCCUUCAAAAUCCCCGACAUUCAGUUUUUGAAAUUUGCUUAUUCCCCUUCUUUUACAUUUUGACAUUUUAGAAAAUGUACUUUGAUAUGAGAGAACCCUAUGGAUUUCAUAUAUCUUUAUGAAAACAACUGAUAUUAUAUUUCAUUCUAUUAUUAUUAUUAUUGCCAUUUAUAUAGCGCCAACAGAUUCCGUAGCGCUUUUCAAUAUUAUGAGAGGGGGGAUAUAACUAUAAGUAGGACAAUAACAAGAAAACUUACAGGAACAAUAGAUUGAAGAGGACCCUGCUCAAACGAGCUUACAGUCUAUAGGAGGUGGGGUAUAAGACACGUUAGGACAGGAAAUAUCAAUCAAAUUAGGUGGGAGUGAAGCAGAGCUGGAGGAGAGAGUAAAGCACUGCCCUAUAGGAGAGAGCAAGAGAUAGGUAUGUAAGGUAGAGGUUACUCUGGGAGGACAUAAGCUUUAAGGCCCUUCUUAAAUGAUUGAAGACUAGGGGAGAGUCUGACGGCAGUAGGCAGGCUAUUCCAUAGGAAAGGAGCCGCCCGCGAGUUGGCCGUACGGGUGCGAGCAGCGGUCAGGAGGUGGUCACGGGUAGAGCGGAGGGAAUGGAUCAGUGAAGAGAUAUAAGAGGGGCUAGAAUUGUUCAGUGCUUUAAAAGUAUGGGUUAGCACUUUGAAUUGACUCCUAUAGGAAACAGGGAGCCAAUGUAAGGACUGGCAAAGGGGUGAGGUGUGAGAGGACCGACUAGAGAGGAAAAUCCGUCUAGCUGCAGCAUUCAUUACAGACUGUAGCGGGAUAAUACAGCUUUUGUGGAGGCCAAUCAGGAGAGGGUUACAGUAAUCCAUGCAGGAAAUUUCUAGAGCAUGAACAAGCUCCUUGGUAGCAUCUUGUGUAAGAAAGGGGCGGAUGCGGGCUAUGUUUUUAAGUUGGAACCUACAGGAUUUGGCAACAAACUGCAUGUGAGGCUCAAAGGUGAGGCCAGAGUCAAGUAUGACGCCAAGAUAGCGUGCUUGCAAGGAUGGACUUAUGUGGAUAUCACUGACUUGAAGGGAGAGCGAGAGAGGAGGAUCAGUAUUAGGAGGAGGAAAGACAAGGAGUUCAGUUUUAGAGAGAUUGAGUUUCAGAAAGCGCGAGAACAUCCAGUCAGAGAUGGAAGAAAGGCAAGAAGUGACACGUUGCAGGACGGCAGGGGAGAGGUUCGGGGAGGAGAUGUAUAUCUGAGUGUCAUCAGCGUACAGGUGGUAGUGGAAUCCAAAAGAGGCAAUAAGUUUGCCAAGAGAGGCAGUAUAAAGAGAAAAUAUAAUAGAAUUCUAAAAUAAUAAUAAUAACCAAGUAUUUAACCAGGAAAGGUACAUUCAGAUUACUCUGGUUUUCAAGUACGUCCUGGGGAUGUUACCUUAGCCCAACAUCCAGGGGCUGUUACUAUUACCCAAUUUAAUGAUACUCCUUUUAUCUACCUCCGGGAUGCUGGGAUUUGCACCUGCAACCCAUAUACAUUCUAGCUAGGUUUUGUUGUAUCUCAUAAUAUUUUAAAUGAUGUGCUUAGGUUAAAUGAAAAUUUUUCAUGAGUUACUCAGAAAACAAAAAUCGACCCUGUAAAUAUUCCUGAUUAGAUUGUAAGUUAAUUUGGGCAGGGCCCUUUUCACCUACUCUUCCCAUAUAUGAAACGUAUUUUGUCAGAAUUAAUUGUUUGUCUUGGUUUAUCAAUCCCACAAUGUUCCAAGAUAUGUUGGCACUAUAUAAAUAAUUGUAUAAAUAAUUGCACUUGUUUAAAUCGUAAUUUCAUUGGAAACUCACAAUAGUUAUGUUUUUUUUUUUCUUUUUUUGUGUCUUCUUUAUGAUAGAGGAUUCUCCUCAGUGGUGGCCUUAGGGGCCAGUGUGAUCUGCAAUAAGAUUCCGGGAUUGGCUCCUAGACAGAGGGCUAUCUGUCUCAGCAGGCCUGAUGCCAUCAUAGUGAUCGGAGAAGGUGCACAGAUGGGUGUCAAUGAGUGUCAGUUUCAGUUUCGGCACGGGAGGUGGAAUUGCUCUGCGUUGGGAGAAAGAACAGUCUUUGGAAAAGAGCUGAAAGUGGGUAUGUUACAAAUGAUUUGAUACUGCAGGUCUACAGCCUUCUCCCAUUAUUCUGUUAACAUUAUCAGUGCCAGCAUUCAAACUAUUUAAUAAUUAUUUAUCAAUAAUUUAAUUCUUAAUGAUUCACUUAAAUUCUUCAGUUUAUAAUUAAAUAAGCUAUUUCCAUCCUUCCCUUUAUCUUUUUACAUUACAUUAAUCUGUUUUUAAUUUAAUGUAAUUUUUAUUUUUUUUAGAUGAGACUUUUUGCUACUUUGUUAUUCUGCGUACGUAUUGCACAUGAUUUGUUUUCUUAUCUAACCAAGAGCGUAUUUGGAAAUAAUGUGCCACACUUUAAAAGGUAUCCCUUAGAAACAUAUUCUACAGUGGUUUCUACCCUUGGCACUAUUGUGAACUAUUUCCCAUGAUGCUCAGCUCAGACAGCCAUGACACACAUUGAUUGAUGUAGUGAAUGGUUGAGUAUCAUGGGAAAGGUAGCGCACAAAAUCUGGGGUGCCUGGGUUACCCUCAGUGUACGUUAAUUGAGUUUAAUCAAAUGAAAGAUUCUGGGCAGUUUGAAUUAGAGACAUUAAUAUCUUUCUUUGAUAUGUAAAACAGUUACAUUAUCAAGCUGAAUUAAUUCAGUCACAGUUUACAGUGAGCACUGUUUUCUUUUUGAAAAUUAUCUUGCAAAAUCCUGCGAAACUUUCUUGGCUAGCCUAGGCAACCUAAAACUUUGUGAAGUACACUUCCCAUGAUGUGUCAAGGAUCAGGAAAGAAAUACUAACCAGGAGACCCUAGUCAGACAAUUAGACUCAUGAAAAGGAUAAUAGGACCAUGUUACCGGUCUGUAGAAUGACCAGGAUGACAAAAAGCAUGUAAUAAGGUGACAAAUAAUCAACCUGUGAACAGCUAAUGUAUUUAGGGAAAGCUGAAGUCAAAGGUGCCAGAAAUCAGAGAAAAUUCUAAGCCAAAGCCAAGUCAGGGGUACCAGAGAGUAGGGCAAAUGGAAAGCCAGCCAAAGUUAGAGCAAAAUAUUACAGUAAAUAAGCUAAAUGGACAAGAUAACACAUUAGAGCAUGGUAUUCUGGCCAAUUUAAGGUGUUUAACUACUGCCAGAAAUGGCUGUCACUCAGUUGUGCCAAAUGAUGGUCAUGCUCAGGUGUACAGGCGUAGAUUGGCACUCAUGCAUAAUUCUUGGUUUCCUAUUUUAUGAUAUUAUAUUAUUUAAGUCUGGGUGCAAGCAACAUUGUAGAGAGUCUUCAGGAUAGGCAAGAUCAGACACUGGUAAGCCAUAACAUUAAAACCACCGACAUUGAUUAUAUGAUUACAAUGGCACCUCUCGAAGGGGUGGGAUAUAUUAGGUAGCAAGUGAAAAGUCAUUUCUUGAAUUUCAAAGCGGGAAAAAUGGGCAAGGGAAACAAUCUGAGUUACUUUGACAAGGCCCAAUUAGUGAUUGGCUAGGUGACUGAGCCAGAGCAUCUUCAAAACGGCAAGUCUUGUGGGGUGUUCCCAGUAUGCAUUGGUUAGCACCUACCAAAAGUGGUGCAAGGAAGGAUAACUGGUGAACUGGCUUCAAAGUCAUGGGUUCCCAAAACUUGAUGCAUGUAUUGAGCAAAGUCAUCCCGUCUGGUCUGAUCACACAGAAUAGCUCAUAUUGCUGAAAAAGUUACUGCUGGCCAUGAGCUAAAGGUUUCAGAACACACAGUGCAUAUCACGCGUGAGUGGGGGCUUUUAAACUAAAGGGAGGACCUAUUGUCCCCACCACCCCCCACCCCUGAGCGGUGGGUGUGGGCCCUAAAUAUUAAUAAGGGGGGGACCUAUUGUCCUCCCCCCAACCCCCACCCCUGAGUGAAAUCCACCAGAGUGCUCUGUGUCAUUUUACACAGCGUCGGAAAGUUCUUUGGAAUUUUCCCAUGCUGUGUAAUUUGACUCAUAACACUCUGAUUGGUUACUUAAUCCACCAUAGUGUUAUGAGUCAGGGGUGGGGGCCGGGGGGGAGGACAUUAGGUCCCCCCCCAAUUGUUUUUUAUUUAUGUACCCCACCCACCACUCAGGGGUGGGGGCCGGGGGGGGGGAGGACAGUAGGUCCCCUCAUCCACCGCUCAGGGGUGGGGGCCACGGGAAGGACAGUAGGUCCCCCCCAAAUUCUUAUUUAUGGCCCCUACCCACCGCUCAGGGGUGGGGGGCUGGGGGGGGGGAGGACAGUAGGCCCCCCUUAUUGUUAUUUAGGGCCCACACACGCUGCGCAGGGGUGGGGGACAGGGGGAGGACAGUAGGUCCCCCCCAAAUUCUUAUUUAUGGCCCCCACCCACCACUCAGGGGUGGGGGCUGGGGGGGAGGACAGUAGGUCCCCCCCUCCACAUUCUUAUUUAGGGCCCCCACCUGUCACAAAGGCCGAACCCACCGGACCCGAACAUCCAGGUGUCCGCUCAACUCUAUAGUGGAGUUAGAUACAUUAUUCAGCAAUUUUCCCAGCUCAGAUACAUUGGCCUACAUGUUGUAGCCUUGUAUACAUAUUGGCCCUAUUCACGGUCUUCCUAAAUAACCCUCAUUAGGUUUCAACUAAAUUAAAUGUUGCAUGUUUAUUUUCCACAAAAAUUCAAUCAUGGAAACAAAUUAGCUUCCCUUUCUUAAGAUGGCAAAGGGUGUAGUGCAUUUCCUGGCUAAGAUAGUCUUGACAUCCAUUUUCCACAAACGGAGAGCAUAAACAGCAUCCAUGACAUUAGUGAGAUAAAUUCAAAAACAGAUAUAAAAUAAAAAUAUACACUCCACUGAAUUUCCCUUGUUUGUUACAAAUCUCCAAGGUACGCAGGGCCCUCAAGCCAACACGUCUUACCAUUGCUUUCAGUAGGGGUGCUGUGUACAUCCCAUAAUGUUCUAUGAAGCAAGUGUUUGUGGGAUAUACAAUUGUCAGCUUUCUACUGAAAUCUGUACAGUAAGCCAAAGUAGCCGAUAUGACAGAGAAUUUUUCUAGUUUGGCUAUUUUGACCUUAAAAUUGAAAUUCACUUUGAAUUUUCACUUUUUUGAAUAACCCUGUGAGACUACUUAGAAACAGCCGUACCUCUCAACAUUUCAAAUGGACAAAAUUCCAAUUUUAGGGAUGUGAGUGAUGGUGUGGCCAGGGGUAGGCUAAUUACAUAACAAUUUCUGUUAUUAAAAUGUUAUUAGACCAGGAACAAUGUAUCUUAUUCAAACAGACUGAUUUUUAUACAAAUUUAUUGAGAAUGUUUGCUGUGGAGCUCUGUUAUGUACUCAGACACACCAAUAGUGUGAAGCUUCAAGAAAAGAGGGACAUUAGAAUAGAAAAGGGGGGCAGGGGCAUUUGGGACCUAGGGACUGCCUCUCCUAAACAGAAGCAGUUUCUUUUUUCUCCCAUGAACUUGUGUAUACACAUGUGAGCAACUGUUAAGCUUUCUUGCAGCAGUAGUACACAUGUAAGAUUUUGUGUGGGUCAGGGGAACAAUAUUUUUCUUCAUGAUACAGAUUUUGGCUUGGUAUACUGCAAUUACUUUUCUAAAAAAUGUGUAGGGCUUGGUUUUGUUUUUCUAAAAAGGUUUACGAAGAUUGUAUAUGUCAUGCACGAGGACUGUGGUUUUUAUGAUAUUUUUUUUUUUGUAAAUUUCAAAGUUUUUAUUUAUGUUACAUAUACUUAUAUUUUUUAACCUGCUAAAAUGAAAUAAAAAAAGUAAAAAAUCAAGAAGACCAUUGGGAUUUCCUUGGUCAUUCCAUGUGUGGUUUUUAUUGAUGUUCAGUGUUAUUUCCUCCUAAUUUGAAUUAGGGAUUCCUUAUUGGCUGAAGGUGUUAUGGUAGUAAUGUAUAUGUAUGUAUGUAAUUAAAUACAUAUAUUUAUUUUAAUUUGUGUUUUAUUUUUUUAAGGUUUAUAAUUGUGGAACACCUCAUAAUGAUACAUUUAAAGUAAAUUUAAAUGAUAUCUAUUUACCAAAAUGUCUUCUAAAUUGAAAUGUGGCAGUGUUAGUGCCAGAGGCACUGGGCAUUCCUUUGGUACUCUAACUUUUUUUUUUUCCAAUGUGUUUUAUUUUAGGCAUAUUUUUUUUUUCAUCAUCGUAUAAAACAGAAUACGAGGUAUAUCAAGGGGUACAGAAGAGAAAGGGGAAGGGGGGAGGGGAAAAAGCAGCUUAUAUAGGUUUACACAUAUCAUUCAGUACAGUACAGUGUAAUACAGUAUGGAACAGCUGACAAUGCAAUUGUCUGGUAAUCCGUGGUAAGAGGACAUUAUAGGCAUUGUAGGCACUACAAUUAACAUGUGAUCCUCAUAUUACAUAUUAAAGGUGAACAAACAUUUUAAAAGUGAACAUACAUUAGAGCAUUCUGGCUUAAUCGUAGGAGGGCUGCUAUAUGAGCCCAUGGAGUAGGAGGGGGCGAAACCCGAAUGGGGUUAGUGGUCGGACUACGGCACCUGGGGCGUCUCCCCCUCUCUAUAGAGUACCCAACUUUGCCAUCUUAAUUUAUACCUACUUUGGCUAUAUGUCAGCCGGCUAGCCAUACGCUCAUAAGCAUGGAAUGAGUCCAGCCUGCUGAGGAUUUCUGGCAUUGUUGGUGUCAGUGGUGAUUUCCAUCUGUGUGCUAUGGCAGUUUUGGUAGCCAUGAGACAGUGAAUCAUGAAAGGGAUUGCUUCCGUGGGAAGGGUAUUCGGAAAAAUAUGUAGAAGAAAGCACUCUGGGGAUUGGGGAAUUUGCACUCCCAGAAUUUUAUACAGAAGAGCGUGUACGUCCCGCCAUAAUGUGGUAAUAGACGUACAUGUCCAAAAUAAAUGUAAGAGGGACCCUUCGCUAUUGUGGCAUCUACAGUAUGUUUCCCAUUGAUUAAGGCUAUGGGACGCCUGUUUAGUUAAUCUUUGGGCGCGAUGCCAUAAUUCAUUAGAAAAAUGCUUUCCUAGGUCUGAUUCCCAUUUAGACAUAUACGAUGGUUUGGACAGUUUGUCUUGGAGCAAUAGAGUGUUGUAACAUAGAGAUAAUGCUUUGGUUUUUGGAAGCUUGCCCAUGCAUUUGUGGAUGAAGGGCGGUAUAGAGUCGGGUUCCCUCAGGCUAAUCCCGCUCUUCUGAAUUAUAUUUUUUAAUCUGAGAUAGGAGAAUAAUUCCCGUGAGGGGAUGUGGAAUUCCCUGAUCAGGUCUGGGAAGGGCUUGAUGCCUUCAGCGGACAGUAGGGAACGAACUUGGGUGAUCCCCUUCUUAAGCCAGUUGUCUAGGUGUGUGUUUGAGGUUCUUGUAGUCAGGGCUUGGAGUGGAGCAGCUAGGAGUAGGUCGUUAUUUCGUAAGAAGAGCGGUGUAGUUUGCUUCCAGUUAUGAAAGAGCGCGACUGUGGUGGGCAGCAGGGAUGUGUCUUUGGGAAGUUUUGACCCGGCCCACAGGGAAAGUGGGAUUGAGCCAUUAGGUGUGCAGGCGUUCUCCAAUGCCAGCCAUAUUGGGGGAGAGGGGCGUUCAAGGAUCGUAAGGCCCUGGGCCAGCAGGGACGCCUUAUAGUAAAGGGAAAUAUUGGGAACACCCAGACCUCCUUUUGUGAACGGGCGCCAUAGUGAGUUUUGCGCUAUCCUGGGGGGUUUUCUCUUCCAUAUAUGAGCAUUGAUCAUGGCCUGAAAUUUCUUUAGGAGCGAGUUGGGGAUUGUAAUGGGAAGAGUGCGGAAUAGGUAUAAAAUGUGUGGGAGGAUCAUCAUUUUUACAGUGUGGAUACGUCCUAACCAGGAGAUCUCCUUCUCCUCCCAGGACUUAAGGAGUUGCUCUAAUUUGUGAAUGAGUGGCAGGUGGUUUUCGUGCGUUAUUGCUGAGAGCCUCGUUGGCAAUUUGAUACCCAAAUAUGAAAUGGAGGAGUUCCGCCAUUCAAACGGGUAUAGCGUUUUUAGAGGGUUUAGAGAGGUAGGUGGCAGUCCCAGUGCCAACGCUUGUGUUUUUUUGGCGUUGUUUUUAUAGAACGAGACCUUACCAUAAAUUUCCAGCAAAGUUAGUAAUUUUGGUAAAGAUUUUACUGGGCGUGAUAAGAAAAGAAGGACAUCGUCAGCGAAUAGGGCUAUUUUUUGAGUCCCGAUGGGGGUAGAUAGGCCUUUUGAUAUGUCUAACCAGUGGUUCCAUGCAAAUUAUAAAGAUUAACGGGGAGAGGGGACAGCCCUGUCUAGAGCCAUUGGUUAUUUGGAAAGACUGAGAUAGGAACCCUGAAUUGAAUACUUUGGCUGCUGGAUUGGAGUAUAGGGCCAUAAUGCCUUUCAGGAAGUCUUGUGGUAUGCCCACUGCAGUUAGGACAGCCCUCAUGUAAGACCAAUUAAGGCGGUCGAAUGCUUUUUCCGCAUCUAGAGCUAGUAAAAUGCCAUUUUGGUUGCUUUUUUGGGCCCAUGAGAUGAGGUUCAGGAAGUGCCGAGUGUUAUCCCCCGGUUGUCUAUGUGGGACAAAUCCUGCCUGUUCUGGGGAGACCAGGUCCCUCAGGAGGGGUUGGAGGCGGUUGGCUAGUAAUUUGGCAAAACGUUUAAUAUCUGCGUUCAACAAGGAGAUUGGUCUCAGGUUGGCGCAUUCGGUGGGCGGUUUGCCGGGCUUAGGAAGUGUAACGAUAUGGGCUAGCAACAUUUCUUUCGGUAUUGUCCCUGAGUCCCUGAAGGAGUUGAAGAGGUUUGUGAGGUGUGGAGUUAGCUGUGUCUCAAAUGUGGAGUAAAAGUGGUUGGAGAACCCGUCUGGGCCCGGAGCUUUAUGUUUGGGCAGUUUGCGAAUUGCGUUUCGUAUUUCUGCCUCUGUGAAAUUUGCUGACAAGGUUGCGCAUUGCUGUGCCGAUAGGUGCGGCAGCGCUGCUCCCGUCAAAAAGGUGGCUAUUUCUGGGUCUAAUGGUUGGUGUAAAGUACUGUCCUGUGUGAGGUUAUAUAGUCCCUUGUAAAAAUUAGCUAGUUCGUCUACUAUAUCUUGUGGGUUAAACAACUUUGAUCCAGUGGACGAGAUCAUGUAUGGGAGUUUAGAUUGUAUGUAUCGGGAUUUUAGACGUUUUGCGAGUAGUUUGCCUGCCUUGUUCCCUUGCAUGUAAUAGGCGAGCUUUAAUUUGCGGAGCUGUCGUUCCACAUUUAUCAGGGAUAUGUUAAGUAUUUUGUCCCUUAACUUUUCAAUAGUAUGGGAUAGCUUUUUAGAUGGUUUGAGUUUAUUAAUUUGUUCUAAGGAUUUAAGUUGAGAAAGUAGAUUAUCUGACUCGGUGUGGGAUUUCUUUUUGUUUAUUGCGCCUGCCUGAAUUAGUAGGUCUCUUAGCACGGCUUUUAGGGCCAGCCAUUUAGUGUCUAUGCGUGUGCUGUCGGAAAGGUGAUUCUCGAAAAAUGAUAUUAUGUUAUCCCGAAUUUUUGUAGCCGUAGUCUCAUUGUCAAGGAGGGAUUCGUUUAAACGCCAGGCACUGCGCCCCCGUGACGGGAACAAGGCCCUAAAAGUUGUGGUUACCGGCGCGUGGUCGGACCAUGUCCGGUCACCUAUUUGCACUUCUAUUAUAUUGGAUACCGUAUUUUUAUCUACCCAGCACAUAUCUAUACGCGAGUAUGUGUGAUGGAUUCGUGAGAAAUAUGUGUAGUUUCGUUCUUUCGGGUAAAGGGAACGCCAUGAAUCGUAAAGGUCGUGCCUGUGGAGUAGCGUGCUAAGGGUUGCGCUCAUUGUGUUAGCAAGUUGGAGAGGUUGUUUGUUUGCUAUUCGCUUAAUGUCUAAAUCGGGGUCUAGCGUGCAAUUGAGAUCGCCACAGAUAAUAGUGUGCCCCACACGGAUAGUAGAGAUUUUAUUUAGUGCUCUUCUAAUGAAGGAAAUUUGGGAGUUGUUGGGUGCAUAAAUGGAAGCGAUCGUAAGUUGCAUUCCAUUCAAAGAUCCUACCACUACAAGGAGCCUGCCCAGCUCGUCUACAUAGGUAUUAUCAAGAUGAAAGACCCAAUCAAUAUGGAACAGAAUUGCCACUCCUUUUGUUUUGUUUGGGGCAUGGGCAUGAAAUACCUGCUGAUACCUGGAUGAGCUCAGAUUGGGGGGGUUUCUUUUGCACAUGUGUGUUUCCUGGAGGCAAACUAUGGCAGCCUGGGAGGUAUGAAUGGUCUUAAUCACAGAGCUCCUUUUAAAUGGGCUAUUUAGGCCGUUAACGUUCAUAGAGAGACAUUUAAAUUGGUACGUCAUCUUAAACGGAUAUAUAAUAGAGCUUGUUAGUCACAGCAUAUUGUCUGCCAGCGACACUCAUGGGACCUGUGGUUAGGUGGUGCGUAGUGUAGAAUAAGGGAAGAUCAGAUGGCUGAAUACGUCCUGCACAGACAUGGGACAACGUAGCUGCCAAGGGGAUGGGAAGGGGAUUAACAGGAAAGACAAAAUCAACAAACAAAGGUAUAUACAUUAACUCUCUGGGACGAGAGAAAAUACUGGGAUCCAGAGGGGAGCCUAAAGCUCCAAACACCUCGGAUACCCUUGGGGGGUCGUGCGGAACAGGACCGCACCCGGACCAGAGAGGAGAAUAUGCGCGAGAGGGGCUGAAACCUGGACAGCAUUCUCGCCUGUGCCCCCUCCAAAUCUCUGAAGUAAUGUAGGGGAGAAGGGCAACGGAUUUAUGGUAACUUAAUCGGGAGUACUGUGGCUAACUGGUGGAAGGGGUUUUUAUUUUUUUAUUUUUUUUAUUUAUUUUUUUUUAUUUUAUUUUUUUUGAUAUAUAUUUCCCUCUGUUAGGCUGAGCAUGGUCGAUAGUGUAUCUUAGGACGUAGUCAUAAUUCUCAGGAGGCGACCAUUUGACCAUGUGUGUGCUUAGCGUUCCACGGGGAGGGGGGGGCCUUGGGAGACCUAGCCUUGGGCUGUAGAAUACAUCAAAGAGUAGAGGCAGGGAGAUGCUGUCCUAGAUGGGGUGGCUGUUAGCGUCGAGCGCCAACCAUCUGCCAGUCUGGCUGGGAUCUCUUCAGGGUGGUCGAGGCGUCCGGUUGUUGGUGGGUGGUUUCUUGUUGGCCCCAAAGUCCCCAGUGUUUCAACGUGGAUAGACCUUUCAGGGGGUCAUCUAUAAUGUGGAGCUUAUUCUGCCGCCAGAUCAGUAGUCUCGUAGGAAAUCCCCAGCGAUAAGCCUGAUUGUGGUUGCGUAGGGUUUUGGUAAUGGAGGAGAAUUCUCUGCGUCUUGCCAUAGUGAGGGCCGAUAGGUCCGCAAAGAUAGAGACAGCGUUAUAUGGGUCGGGCAAUGUGGCUUGGGCUCUAGCGGCCUUAAGAAGAGCCUCCUUGGCUUUAAAGUGAUGGUAGCGCACGAUAAUGUCGCGCGGGACGUCCGCGCCAAAUCUGGGCGGUUUUGGAACCCGGUGGGCUCUGUCCAGCUCCCAGGUUACAUCUGAGAGGUCAGGGACCAGCAUGGUACUUAGUGCGGUGAUGUAGGCCGAGAUCUGGUCUGUUGAUAUGGACUCUGCUACUCCCCGGAACCGCACGUUGUUUCUGCGAGAGCGGUCCUCCAUGUCCGCCAUUUUAUGCCAUAAUUUGAUAUUAUCUUCCUCUAGUUUCUGUAUUCUAUCCGCUAUCAGAUUGUGGGAAGAGGAGAGAUCAUCAGUUUUGCGUUCGACCUGAUCGGUCCGGUCACCCAGCUCCUCUAGCUCUUGGUGGAUGCCCGCCAAGGAGGUGGUGAAGUCCUCUUUAAUAGUGGACCUGAGGUCCGCGAGCACUUGUCUCAGAUAUUCCUUUGAGAAUUGUGAGUCGUCUGAUAGCGAGUGCGUGGGCGACUCGGUGCAGGGGUCAGGGUCCGGAGACUGAGCUCUGCUGGCGGCGCCAUCUUGGGCCUGCUUCAGUCUUUUCCUCUUAUGUUGGCGGACCGCGUCCGUAAGUUUCGUCUGUUUUGAGGGAGACAUUAGGAGCCGUGUAGCCUUGUCCCCCGCUGGUUCAGGGUAAUCCGGCGAGAUUUCCUCGUUAAUAGUGUUUAAUCUGGUCCGGGUGGUGCGGAGCUCCUACUCCAUGCGACCGAUCUUGCCGGAAGUUGGACACGCCCCCACCAGUGGUACUCUAACUUUUAAUUAAACAUACACUACCAAAAAGGAUUAUAUUGCAAUAGAGAAUGUCUAUUCCCCUACUUAGUAUUGUAACUGGAUAUCAUGUUAGAUUGCUAUGAGCUUUAGUUUUUUUAUUCUGUACAACUGACCUGUAUUGGCACAUUGCAGUUAUAUGUCUGAAACAUGUAUUAAGGUUUGUGUACUGUUUUAAAUGUGUGCCUCAAUGCUUUUUUUUUUUUUUUUAUAUUUGAGUAUGUGCAUAUUAGUGUAUGUUAUGAAUCAGAUGUAGCAAGGCAAUUAGCUUUACGUGACAAUCUUAUUGUUACUAUCAGUGUUUUAUUUGGGAUCAAUAAUGUUGCCGUCAGAAAUACUUGCAGACCCAACACGCAGUGUGUAAAUUAUGAUAUAAGUAUAAACGUACACCGGAGUGGCCAGGCUUAGCGUACAGAAGACGCUUUGGUCAGGGACAAGCUAGAGUCAGGGACACCAGAAAUCAGCAUUAACGAGGUGCAAUAGCCGAGUCAAGUAGUAUAGAUAGGAGAAUAGUCAGUAAUAGCUAACAUCAAAAACAAAGACAAUGAGAUGUAUGUAACACGCUAUUGGGAAUGAAAACAGAACCACAACAGGGCAUGGAUCUGAGCUCUAGCAAUUAACUAGAUAGCCACGCCCCCAAAAUGUUUGAAGUUUAUGAUUUCAUCAUCGUCAUUACAUUAGCAUGAAAGAAGGGGGGCGGGACCUGAUGAGUGUCAAGGCUACAGUCCUGGAUGAAACACAGAGCAUCUACAAAUAUGUCUCCCAGAGAUGUACUGCUAAGGGAAUGCAUGAGACAACACGAGAGAGCAUACAGAAAAUGAGAUGGUUCCAUGGCAAGACAAACCUCUUUAUGGGGUGUACCACUGGCAGAUAGUGGAUGUGUCUCACAUUAGGAAACCCUGUCAGUGGUUGGAAAAUGCAAGACUGAAAGACAGCACUAAGAUACUAAUCCUAGCAGCACAGGAACAGGCACUCAGCACCAAAUCAACCACACCAAACAGGACCCAAGGUCAGACUGUGCAUAGAAUCCUACUUCUGAGACAUUACAGCACAUAGUAGAUGGUUUUAAAAUGCUAGAAGGGACAACAUACACUGAGAGGCACAACCAAGUUGUUGGGAUUGUGUACUGAAAUAUUUGCACAGAAUAUGGUCUGGACCUGACUAAGUCCAGAUGAAAGAAACCACAAAGGGUAGUUGAGAAUGACAGGGCUAAGAUUUUCAGAUCCAGACAGACAAGAAAGUUGUGGCCAACCAGACUUACAUCGUUGUGGUAGACAGAAGAAUGCAGUGGUGGUGGAUGUAGCAAUACGCUUUGACCAUAAUAUUAGGAAGAGGGAACAUGGGGAGGUAGACAAAUACCAAGGACUGAAAGAGAAGCUAGAAAUGAUGUGGAAAGUGAAGGCAGUACUAGUCCCAGGGUGCAGUUCUAGGAGCAGCUAAUAUACUGGGCAAUACCCUCAGAUUCCCAGGCCUCUAGUAGAAGAUCCAAUAAUAAGGAAUACACAUAAUUAAUAUAUAUAUAUAUAUAUAUAUAUAUAUAUAUAUAUAUAUACACACACAUAUAUACACACACACACACACACACACAAGCAGAUCUAGGUUCUCGCUCCAUGUCCAGGAAUGAUUUGUUCCAGUAGCCCACUUGUUGUGAGAUUGCCCUGGUUCCUUAACAUCUGACACACCUUGCUAAUCUGGGCGACAUCCGGCGUCCGAGCCAGCAGCCGACUCCACUCAAGAUUUCAAUCUCCCUCAGUGUUGAAAUUUGCCUCUCCAGGUCUCCAAUCUGAGCUUUCAGAAAAGCCACUCGCUCACACCCACCACAGAUGUAUGGACCCUGGACAGAUUCAGCGAGGCAUGCAGCAGGAUGUGCACUGAGUAGAACUUGCAAUCUUGCUAGCACUCAUCCCCAGUUACCAAAAACACAAGUGAGCAAAACAAUAUUUUCCCUCUUGGUUUAAACUCACUUAUAGUUGAAACUCCUGUUGUUUCAUCUCCUACUUAAAAGAGACUACUUGAAAUAGCCUACUUUCAAGCAAACUCCAGUGAGUAAGCUCAGUGAGUCAGUAAUAGGUUAAUAUUGGCACUACAAAUCCCACACAGGUGGAAAUUAAGGGGCACUGCCCCUAAUUAACCCAGCAGCAGCACCCACAAGGAGAGGAAUAUAAACAGCAAGAGGGAAAAAGAAAAAGAAGGAGAAAGUUUUAAACAAAAACAGCAAGGAGAAAAAUAGAAAUAUUAAAAGGGGACAAAGCUUUAAAUAAAAUCAGCAAAAAAUAAAAAUAUAUAAGAAAAAAGGAAAACGUUUUUAAAUUAAAACAGCAAAGAGAAAAAUAUCAAUAAAAAAGGACACAUUUAUAAAUAAAAUCAGCAAAGAUUAAAAAUAUCUAUAAAAAAGAUGGAGAAAAGUCUCCUCCCUUCGGAGACUGAGCUGCAGGGCAGUAUUUCAACAUGAUAACAACCCCAAACACACCUCCAAGACGACCACUGCCUUGCUAAAGAAGCUGAAGGUAAAAGUGAUGGACUGGCUAAGCAUAUCUGCAGACCUAAACCCUAUUGAGCAUCUGUGGGGCAUCCUCAAACGGAAGGUGGGGGAGCACAAGCUCUCUAACAUCCACCUGCUCCGUGAUGUCAUCAUGGAGGAGUGGAAGAGGACUACAGUGGCAACCUGUGAAGCUCUGGUGAACUCCAUGCCCAUGAGGGUUUUCAGGCAGUGCUGGAAAAUAAUGGUGGCCACACAAAAUAUUGACACUGUGGGCCCAAUUUGGACAUUUCCGCUUCGGGGUGUACUCACUUUUGUUUUCAAUAGUUUAGACAUUAAUGGCUGUAUGUUGAGUUAUUUUAAGGGUACAACAAAUUUACACUGUUAUACACACUGUACACUUACUACUUUACAUUGUAGCAGAGUGUAAUUUCUUCAAUGUUGUCACAUGAAAAGAUAUAAAAUAUUUGCAAAAAUGUAAGGGGUGUACUCACUUUUGUGAGAUUAUAUAUAUAUAUAUAUAUAUAUAUAUAUAUAUAUAUAUAUAUAUAUAUAUAUAUAUAUAUAUAUAAUCUUUAUUUCCAUCUUGGGGACCAUUAAGAAAGAACAGUGCAUAUAUACCGUACCCAUUAUCCACCAUAUUUCAGGAAGAUGACAGCACCAGUACCCAGCAUCACUGUGAACAUUAUUGUGUCGAAACUUACCUCUGCUGCACUCCUCAGCCUGGUUAAUUCUUCAGUAGCAAUUACUGGGGUGAAGCAAAAUGGGGCUUUCACCAUCUCACAAUGAACAAUGGCUACACAGACUAAAUAAAUAAAUAAGUAACUUAUGUGCUGGAACAAAUUUUGGAAAAAUACCACUCAUAUAGUAUUCAUAUUCUUUUAUUUCAUGUGUUCUAGAUUACUGUCACUCUCACAAAAGCAAAAACACAUCAGUAAUCUAAAACCCAAGUUGUAGUUUAAAACAAAAUCUAUGUUUUAUGUAUAAGUUCAUAUUUAUAACAUGCUAACGAGACGCAAUUGUCAUUCAGCUAUGCAAAGGUCCUGCGGGUACAGAUUUCGGAGCUUAAGGACAUUGUUCCUUUUUUUAAAGCUCUUUGUCUGAUAAGUUUUUAGAAUCUCAUUGUAUUUAGGAACUUGCAAAACAUCCAACAAUCCCUUCACAUUAUAGAUUACUGUUUUAGAGAAAAGGGAUAUUAUUGCUAGCCAGCGAACCAAUUUAUUCACACAGGAUUUUUCUCAAAACUAGAGAAUGUGAACUGAUUUGAUUAAACACUGAUUAUUACGACCAUAUUUAAAGAUACUUGGACUUAAAUGAAACUUCUGCUGCUGUGAUUUCAAUUAUUCUGUUUCAGUUAGAUAACUUUAGAAAGACAUUUAUCAUUUGUAUCAGUUUCUAGUUAAAAUUUGUAUGUCUGUGCUAAAUCUGUUUCUUACACCUAUCUCGGAUAUUGGUAACUUUCAUUUUUUUUUUUUUUGUAAUGGGUCCCUCCAGACACCUAAAGUACUUUAGCUUGCUGAAAAGCUGAAAAGCUUUAUGUGUGAAGAGUGUAUCCUAUUUUUUUCCCCCCAUUUUGUAAACAGUAUAUAUUUCAAUAGAAACCGAUACUUUUAUAAAUUAACCUGGUUACACCCCCUUGGUUUAUUAGCAGACAACAGGUCCUGUUACUUCCUGGUUUGGUUAGCUCAGUGGAGAUAAACUCAAGAGGCAUCAAUUGCUCAGAGUGUCUGCCUUGCAAACACUUCUUAUUGAGCUGCUUUGGGAAGUCUGUGAUUGGACAGCCACAUGAAUCUGAGCAGAGUUGGAAGAAGAGGGUUUACAAAACAUGGCCCAAGCACACAAUGUAUUGGAGGAGGAGAAACAUGGUAUUUGUUUUUCCUCCUCACCGUACUAUGUUCAAUGGCAGAAAAGAAUGGCGCUUAUAAAAAGUGUUGACAGGGAGCCAAAAUAGAAGCCCUCAGUUCUAAGACAGAGCAACAUGGAUUUUAUUUAUUUUUUGACCUCACAAACACAUAGUUGUUAAAAAUAGGGAGUAAGUAAACAUAGAAUUAACAAUCUAGGUAAAUGACUGUUCCCUACAAUAAACUAUAGCCUGACUCUAUCAAAGCAGGACCACCAAUGUUUCUCGUUUCCUGUAUUUAAUGUCGAUGCAUUAUUGUGUUUUUCAGGUAGCAGGGAAGCAGCUUUCACAUACGCCAUCAUCGCUGCUGGAGUGGCUCACGCCAUAACUUCUGCUUGUACUCAGGGAAAUUUGAGUGACUGUGGCUGUGAUAAAGAGAAGCAAGGACAGUUCCAUAGAGAGGAAGGAUGGAAAUGGGGGGGCUGCUCUGCGGAUAUCAGAUAUGGAAUAGGGUUUUCUAAGGUUUUUGUGGAUGCACGGGAGAUCAAGCAGAACGCAAGGACGCUCAUGAACCUACACAAUAAUGAGGCUGGGCGCAAGGUAUGAAUCUGUUAGAAUAGAAUGGUAUUGUUUUGUUAACAUGGUAACAUUGUAUAGUAAUAUUGUUUGAUAGUGAAUAUUUAAUGUAAUUAGAUCUGCAAUAUUGUGUUGUCCAACACUUGCAAGAGUCUUCUUGAUGGCCCGAGCUUCUCACAAGCUUACUUUAAAUCCCACCAUUUAAACACCCUGGAGAAAGUAGAAUCAACAAAUUGCAAGAAAAGUACAUAGCAACAAGCAAUGCCACAACAGUGAUUGCAAGCGUAAUGGUCAACAUAUUAGAGACAUUUGUUUGGCAUAAUAUAACAUUGCACAUUCUAAAAUAAAAUAAUAAUACUAAACAUAUAGGUAACAGGCUUGCUCAACGUGUCUAGGGACAUAGUGGAGGACAAGCUGAUGGUUAAUGCCCUAACAAGUAUGACUAAAAAAUCUUAGUAAAUAGGCAUUAACACUAAGGACCCUCCAGACAUCGAGCUGUAAUGCUACUGGGUGUCUGGGUGUAUAAGGGAGAUGCUGCAUUCUGAGUAAAACAAAUUAGGAUUUAGUAGGUAGUAAUGCUUAACUGACUCAGGAUUCAAGGAACAGAUACUUGCCAGGCUGUCUAUCAUGCAGUGUGCAAAAGCUAGACAUGCUAAACUGUUGUACCCAGAUUGUUGACAGGUGCAUAGUAGAAAACAUAAAACAUGAGUAAAAGUAUAGAUCAGGGUGUUGCAGUGGAUGUGAUCUAUUUGGAUUUUGCCAAGGCAUUUGAUACAGUUCCACACAAUAGAUUAGUGUUCAAACUCAUGGAAAUCGGUCUAGAUGAAAAUGCUUGUUCUUGGGUAGAACAUUGGCUUAAAAACAGAGUACAAAGAGUUGUCAUUAAUGGUAAAUUUUCAACCUGGACAGAGGUGGAAGGUGUUGUGGUGUCCCUCAGGGGUCUGUUCUGGGACCCCUUCUAUUUAACAUAUUUAUAAAUGAUCUUGAAGACCGCAUUGAAAGUCAUGUUUCAGUGUUUGCAGAUGACACCAAACUUUGUAAAACAAUACAAUGUGAGCCAGAUAUUACUUUGCUGCAGAGGGAUUUAGAUAGACUGGGGGACUGGGCACUCAAAUGGCAGAUGAAAUUUAAUGUUGAAAAAUGCAAAGUUAUGCACUUCAGCGUAAAGAAUACACAAGCAACGUAUACCCUUAAUGGAAGCGAAUUAGGGAUAACAACACACGAAAAGGAUUUGGGAAUUGUUAUAGACAACAAACUAUGCAACAAUGUGCAAUGUCAAUCAGCAGUGGCCAAGGCCAGUAAGGUGUUGUCAUGCAUGAAAAAGGGCAUUCAUUCUCGGGACGAGAAUAUAAUUUUGCCUCUUUAUAAAUCACUGGUAAGACCACAUAUUGAAAAUGAUGUGCAAUUUUGGGCACCUGUUCUAAAGAAGGAUAUUAUGGCACUAGAAAAAGUGCAGAUGCGGGCUACAAAAUUAAUGAAAGGAAUGCAACAUAUCAGCUAUGAAGAAAGGUUAACAAAUUUAAACCUAUUUAGUUUAGAAAAACGUCACCUGAGAGGGUAUAUGAUAACAUUAUACAAUUAUUUUCGGGGCCAAUACAAACCAUUGUGUGGAAAUCUAUUCACAAACCGGACUUUACAUAGGACACGAGGCCAUGCGUUUACACCUAGCUGUAGAGAAGCAAUAAGCGGUUCAAUUCAAUGGUCAUAACUGGCUUGUGAGUCCCAGGUAAAGCCUGUCUGGCAUCAUAUUCAAUAACAUUUUUAAGUAAAGGACUUAUGCCAGGAGAUAUGUCUGGAGCUUAGACAAAAUUACUUGUGUUAGGCAAGGCAUGUUUAGUAGCAGAGAUAGCCUGUAAUCAGGUCUCAAUGCAAAGUAUGAAAGUCACCAGUCUGUUGUAUCACUGCAGGUGACGGUCAGCUGUGCGGUCUAACUCGUGGGUAGUCUCAUGGGCAGUCCGAUUAGAGUUCCAAGUGAGUGUUGAGGCUUCUGUGAGCUGGCCUUAUUGUCUGGCGAGUCGGUGGACAGCCGAUGCCUCUACUGGGCAGAGAGGUGCCUGGCGUCUGAAGUGUCUGUACGGCUUCUGCAAGCCUGGCUCCCCCAACGGCUCGGUGUGGUGUGUCUGUUACCCUUGCUGCAACGCGCUGCUCGGUUUCAGCCCUGGGUCGCCACGUGGGAGCUCGUUGGUUUGUGGUGUUGUGCUUUGGCAUGAUGCCGGGGCCUUGGGGGUACCCGGCCCUCACCUUACCCAGUUUGUGGAGGUGGGUGUGUAUGCCCGGGUCGGUGAGGUUCGUUUCCCGCCCUGUCGUGGGUCGACGCCUGUGUGGCAGGACUGCCUCCCCGAAGGUCCACAGUGGGUCUCCAUAUCGGCGGGUCUCCACCGCCCGUGCCGCAUGAGGGUAGAGCACUCCCCUGUCGAACAGUAUCCCGCAGAAGGCCAAGCAGAGCCGGUCUAGGGCCACCAGAGGAUGAGGUUGCUCCUGGGUGUUUUUGUUUGUUUUCUUUAGUUGUCGGCCAUCUUGGACACACUCUGGCCGAUUGGUUCCGUUGCUGGUUGUCAAGAUUGUCUCCUUUGCUUUCGGCGUUAGCCUGCUUGUCUUGUGGGGAUCGAGAUAUCCCCCACCGGUCAUGGGGGGAGGGGGUAGGAGGUCAGUAGUGCUUUCUGGGGUAUCUGGUGUCGAAGAGAGCGGCCACCUCUCCCCGGCUCCAACUCCUGCAGGCCUCAAUUUGUGUUGCAGUCUAUGUGCCCCUACAGGUUCCAAAAGGGUAUCCCCCGAUUCUUUGGAGCUCCCCCGACAUGGGUAGAGCACCCUGGUAGGUCUUUCGGCUACACAGCUGCUGAUAUUGCCCUAUUUUCUGCUCGCCUGCUGGGAACUCCUUCCCCACUCGUCUGUUCAGCUUGGCGGUCAGACUUCGCCCCCCAACUUCCAUUUUUUUAAUUACAUUUUUUUAAGUUUUGUCAGCUCUUUUAACAUUUGGUUUACACAACAAACCUAACACCUUAAAGGUGAAAAUAUGUUGUACUGUUACACGAAAAAAUUAUCUGAAAAAGUACCUAUUCAUCCUAAUUUUUAUGAAACCAUUAAAUAGGAUGAUAUGGUGUGGUACAAUGCAUAUUGUACAAUUCAGAAGUUACUGUUUGAAAACCAUCACAAUGUGUUAGGGUACAUAUCUGAACAAAUUACAUCAUGAAGACCGUUGACCCCUCAAAACAAGCCCAGAAUGAAGUUUUGGAGCUUCACUAGCAACCCAUGGUUGGGUUUAAAAAAAAUGCCCGUAACGCUGAACAGGAAAAUCCAUAAUUCUAAAGUAGAAGAAAAAAUGAUUGCACAAAUAUUACUCUGUUUAGAGCAAGCCAUCCAGUGGAACUCUGUGUCCAUAUAAGGAGGACGAUAGGAAAAGAAUCAACCUUGAGGCCAGUGGUAAAUUCUAAAGGACCUGGAGGGAUCAGCAGCUGAGAUGCAGGAAACUAUCUAUUGGACAACUGCUAGCUGCGUACUCUGCAAAGUUAUCCUUUCUGGGUCUAUGACAAGAAGACUACCAUUCCUGGAGAAAACAUACAAACUUUUAUUUGAGGUUUGCAAAAUGUACAGCAUUAGUUAUACUGAAGUGGGUAAACAUUAAAAUUAAGAUUUAUGUCUUAGAAAGACCUCUGUCAAAGCCCAGACAUCAAGCAGAGUGAGAAACUAUGGAAAAAUUGGAAAAUUGAAAAAUGCUCCUCAUCCAAAUUGAUAAAACGUGAAGAAUUUUGUCAAGGUGAAUGUUUAAAUGAUCCAAAUGUGCACAACUGGUAGACACUACCCCAAAAGAAAUGCACCUUUAACAGCAGCCAAUGGUUAUGCUACCUCAAAAUGGCAAAAGUCUUUUUGUCUAAUUUGUUUAAUUCGCUUUUUGUUGUUUAAUUAACAUUUGUGUCACUGUGUGUUAGGCAUGUUGUGUAAAUCUAAUGGUAAAAUCCAGAUAAAAUCUAUUUUAAUUCCAAGUGGCAAACCUACAAAAUGUGGAAAUGCUCAUGGGUUGUCAUUACAUAUGUAAUCAUUUUUAUGCAUACUCUACAUUGCUUGUACAGAUGGCAAAUAAUCUUUCCUAUGAAAAAAAACCAAAAACGUUUUGUGUCAUUUAAUAACCUUUUCUUAAAUUGUAAGCAAUUUUAUCAGGGCCGUCAUCCCCUCUUGUGUCUAAAUGUCAAAGCUUGUUUUGUCGCAACUAUUCAUAGCGUUUGUUUAUUUGCGGUAUGCACAAGGAAAUAUGUUUAUAAAUAAUGAUAAAAAUGAAUAGGUGAGGUUAUCAGGUAAAUUGGUUACUGUACAAACUUCCUUGUGGGCCACCUUUGAACCACAUACUCUUAACUGGACAUCCAUUUAAAUUGUUUUAAAUUAAUUUCUCCUAUUGGUGCCUUAGUACGCUCAUAUUGCACUGUGUUCCCUUUCUGGGUAAUACACAACAGUAUAAAAAAUAUUAUUGUAUGCCAAAUACAGCCUAAUAAUUUUGUCAUUGGUAGGAGGCAAAAAAAAUGUCUAUGCAAGAAACACUUUCUCUUCUAGAACUGGUAUGCACAAUUCACUUUUUCUUCCAGUAUCAGAUCAGGGGAACUAUUCCAUUAUCAGAAAAAAUUUAAAGACCUGCCUUUUCUUCUCAUAACCCCUUAAAGGGGCACUCCACUGACAGAAUGUAUAUUUAUUCUGUCCGUGGAGAAUUAUAUAAUAUAUAUAUAUAUAUAUAUAUAUAUAUAUAUAUAUAUAUAUACACACCAUAUUUUUCGCUCCAUAAGACACACCACACCAUAAGAUGCACCUAGUUUUUAGAGGAGGAAACCCAGAAAAAAAAAUAUUCUGAACUGUCCAUAGUGUUUCUUAACACCACCACUCCCCUGUCCCAUAGUGUUCCUUACCACCCACUCCCCUCUCCUGUCCAAUUGUGAUCUUUAACGCCCCUCCCCUGUCCUAUAGUGAUCUUUAUCCACCCCUCCCCUGUCCCAUAGUGAUCUUUAAACCCCCUCCCCUGUCCCAUAGUGAUUUUUAACCCCUUCUCCCCUGUCCCAUAUAGUUCUUUAACCCCCCCCUCCUGUCCCAUAGUGUUCUUUAGCCUCCCUCCUUGUCCAAUAGUGUCCCCCCCCUCAUCCCAUAGUGUCCCCCCCUCGCCUUGUCCCCUAGUGAUCUUUCCUUCCCAUAGUGUACCCACCCCUCCCCUUGUCCCAUAGUGUCCCUUAGUUACUUACCUGUAUUGUAGCGUGGGCCGGCAGAACAGUGCGCACCACGUACAGGAACUUAAAUUUCAGUUUCCGGUUUUUGGCUGGACUGAAAGGAAGUGUGCACACUGAGUGCGCACUUCCUUUAAUUUUUUAAAGGCUUGCAAAAUCUGCAAUUCUCAUGUUUGUGUAGCUUUUGCAAGCCCUCCCCUUCUUUCCCAGCCCAGAUUUUCGGUGGCUGUCCAAUUACAGACUUCUAAAUGCAACUCAAUGAGAAGUCUUUGCAAGGCAGGUGCUUUGGGCAAUUUCCUCCUUCCUGAGCUUACCUAAACAACCAGGAAGUUACAAAAUGACUGUCUUAUUGACAGCCAGGGUGCUGUAACAACAUUAAUUUAUAAAAGUGCCAAUUUAUAUUGAUGUCCGCACUUUAUAAAAAAUGAAAGAAAUACAGAGUACACUUCACACAUUAAGCACGUCAGUAAGCUAAAGCUUGUUUGUGUAUUUAACCUUUGUUGUUCAUUUCCAAUAGUUACAAAUAUUAGAGCUAUUACAAAGUAAGCAAUGAAAAUAAGAAAGUUAAAAAAUCAGGCUAGAUUAAGGUUUAUGUAACAUCUGCUUCAGCUAUCACCAUUAUGAGGAGUGGAUACAGUGCAGUGUACAGUGAAGCAUGAGAGCCAAAUAAGCAGAUUAUAGGACCAUGAGACAAUGGACGGAACAUUAGAUGAGAAAAGUUAUAGUAAUGGACUGUACUGUGGCUGAUCAUCUUUAAUUGCGGAAUUACAACAUUGUUUCAUGAUUUCAAGACAGUGUUGGAGUUUCAACUUCAUUCAUCAUAUAUAGGGAUUGCGGGCAGUUGUACUAGAAAGUAGGUGAACUUUAACAAAUCGACAUUGUUCUAGUAAUAUGUGUUCCCUUAUUCUUUUGAUGUUUCUAUCUCUAAUAAAAAGCAAGUAGUACUGCUUCAAUACAAAGAGAAGAGAAAUUUGAACUGUAUUUAGACUGCUGGAAGCUGUCACUUCUUUGGAAUCUUAUACCAUUGUAUGAAACACUGAAACUCACCUAUAAUUUGUGUUAACCGUUUUACAUACAAUGCUCUGUGUUCUUUUAAAUUUAUAUUAAGAUUUAUUUAUUUAUAUUAAGAUUUAGUAACUGACAUCACCAUCCAGUUCAGACAAGGUAAAGCCAGAACAAGUAUUGGAAACUAAGAAGAGAAAUAGGAACAUAUUAUAAUUUCUUGUAUUCUCUGUAUGCUCUCUCUAUGCUGACUGCCAGGUGCAAAGGACCGAGCUUAUAAUAAUGGUUGACAGGGAGCUAAGUUGGAGGUGCCCAUUGACAGGAUAAAGACGUGUGGACUUCUUGAUUUAUUUUUCACACCUCACAAAUAUAUAUGAAUGAAAAGAACAAUGAGAAACAGACUAGUACAGUUAUGCACUCAGCUGCAUGCUGGUGGCGGCAUUAAGGAAUUAUUACACCUCCUUUAUACUAAUAUGGGGAUUAUACUGACCCCUGUAGGUUCUUUAUUUUAAGAGCUAGUGCUGCCAGUGGGCAAAUAUUUAAAAAAGCAUUUAUCAGCAACUUUUAGCUCUUGAAUCAGAUAAGGUAAUCUUUUAGGCAACAAAUGCCCGAUAAAUGAAAUUAAAUAAGCUCUGCGCCAUCUGGGUUCUUUGCAACACCGGUGGUCAUAGGGGGCAGAGUCUGCCACCCUCUUCCAUCGGAUCCUCCUCAGCUCCUGGCAGCUCCCGAGGGCUGUACUCACAUGCAAGAGCACAGAAUUGUAGUCUAUGGAGUUCCCAAGAGCUUUUAUCCCUACAGCCAUCAAUGAUGAGGGAUGGGGAAAAGGACAAACAUGACAGGAGAUAGCUGCCUUUUGUCAAGCAGAGGAAAAAUAAUGAGACAAAGUAGUUUGGUCUAGUUUGGUCUCAGUAUAUUCUUUGACUGGCUGGAAUUUCAACAUAGUCAAUGUGAGUAUUUCAUAAAGAUCUUAUCUUUAUGAAAUACUCGUUUUUUUUACAUUGCUCUUUUAAAGCACAUCAGCCAAUAUAAAAGUAUAUGUAUCAUUUUCAAUAUUCAAAUCAAUAAAUAUUAAUCGUGUCUAUUUAACUGAAUCUAUAAACGGCUGAUAUGGAACCAAAAAACUCCCUAUAAAGACCAUCGGCUAUAAUUUAAUGGAGUCCUUAGUGUACAGAUUAAAGAAAUUCUUAUUUGAAGGUGUACAUAGUUUGCGGAUGUUUAAUUUAAGUAAGAGGAUGAUGCAACCCCUCUGGUAUUUUUGGAGGUCACUUUAAAUUCUGUAUUGAUGAGUAAAGAAUACUUACCCUACAGUAAUGGUUGGUACUUCACAACCACGAUGUAAUAGAUUAUCCCAUAGUUUUAUUUCCCUCACAGUAGAGCCUUUAUCCACAUCUCUUAAAUGUAAUAUCAAAAGAAUGCUAGAUAUUUAUUCCAGAUUAAAGAUCUGCUAAAUUUUAUUAAUUUUUUUUUAAAACCUUCAAUAGAGUAAAAGUUUAAACAUAUUGUUGUGAGUCUGAUAUUAAAACUUAUGCACUUUAACGAUACAUGGCAUCUUUCAGGAUAACUCUAGAGUUCUGUGUGAACCAUUCAGGCUACCAACAUAUUUACUCAUUAUCUAUAGCCAGUGACUAGACUCAAACUAUGGCCCUUUUUACUAUUGGACGGCUGGCAGGGGUUAGCCGGGGCAGCUAGCAUGUAGUAGUUUUGGGCUGCAGCCUUCUUCGUCUAAUUAAAAGUUGCAGGAGGUUUAUUGGGAAGUCUGUUGGCAAUUUCAUAUAGGACAAUGGAAGCAGGGAGGAAUUAUUUCUUAGCUUAGCAUUGUGUAGGUUUGUGCAUUGGCUUGUGGGCUGCAAUGCUAAUACACUCCAGACCUGGACUGGCUCAUUGGGCUGUUUCCUGGGAGAAGAUCGUACCUGGCCUUCUCCCAGUAGCCUUCAUACCAUCCCACUUUCAGGUGCUGAUUACGGUGCCCUGUCCCACUAUCCUUCUUCAGUUCCCUGGUGUGGAAACUCAUCUGCUGUGUCAUGGCAAUCCUGUUGAGUCCUAUCCUAACAAUACAUUUGGCUGAUUUCAGCUUAAAGGAACGUUCCUAACGCUUUAGUGCCCUUCUAACUAGUUUGGUUAUCUCCCCCCCUCCAAGAAGGUUAAAGGUGAUAUUACCUUUUCUCUGGUUCUCUUGUCUCCACUCUGGUGACAUCAGGGAAAAGUAUCUGGGCAGCAUGCUGUGAACUAUGCAGACCAGUCAAGGAACUCCUAUGUGGUUUUUGGGUAGACCCACACUCAUUAUGGCAUUGCAAGUGAUUUGGCUCACAUCACUGGCAUUCCCCAUCAGGGCCCUGUCCUGAUUUUCCCCUUUCAAUAGUUGGAGGUGUUAACAAGUGAUUGCAAAGUUAGAUGUGCUCAUUACCUUCGUAGCAUAUGCGUGUUGGCAUUGGUCGCAAUUGAGUCAUGGGAACUAGUCUGUCUGUCAGGCAUGAAUGGAUCUCUGCAAAUGUUCCAGUAUGUUGUACAGGUCAUACUGGUUUCAGGAAUAUGUAAUAUACAUUUACACAUGCCUAAUAUUGCCUGCACUUACCUGCCUUAUAACCAAUGUCUCUUCAAACUGAAAUAUGCCUUAUGUAUUUAACACUGAAACUACAUAACCAAAAUAGUUACCUGUGAUCUAUCCCAAAACCCAAUAGUCUUUUAAAUGAUAGUGGUUUUUGGUACUACUGCAAUGGCCAGUGUAAACUCCUCUUCUAUGUCAUGGCAAACUUGUUGAUUCCUAUCCUAAAAAUACAACUCAGUGAUUUCAGCUUAAAGAAAGGUUCAUAGUGUUGUAGCCUUCUAAUUAAUUAGGUAACAACACCCCUACCCUCCAGGCAAGGUUAAAGGUGAUAUUACAUACCUUUUCUUCCGGUUCUCUGGUCUCCAUGCUGCUGUCCAACCUCCUUCCCUGUCAUGAUGUCAGCCAAUCCAGUGCUUUCCCAAUGCAAAAUGCAGCGUUGUGCCAAUCAGAUGGUCUCUACUAGACCAUCUGAUAGAAGUAGCCACGUUUUACUUGGCUACUUUGGAGGAAGCAUCUCUAGUGGCUGUCAGAGUGACAGCUGUCAGAGUGAUGGCCACUAGAAGCAUUCCAACUGUGCAACAUAAACACUGUUUUUGCUUGCAGGGACAAGCAGACAGGCAUUGAGAUAAAGUGGUCUGGGUGCCUGUAGUGUGCCCUUAAAAGCAAAAUCUCUAAUGAGACAGAAUUAAAUGUUGUUAUGAAUCCCUGUAAAUUAGUUUAACCUAAAUAUGAAAUACACAUCACCUGAGCUCACGGUCAACCCUUUGCUAUUUACUAGAAAGUGUGCUGUAGUGGUUAUGGAGCUCGGAGUUGUGACAAACGCUCCUUCCCAUUUACGUUUGCUAUCGACUCCUGGAGGAGUGUAGAAGGUAUGCCUCCUGCCCAAGGACUAUGGUCCAGGUCUGGGACACCGUUUGGGAGUUACUCUGCCCCGCCGCCAUUAACAGCUUUCCCUGGGUGCUCGUGGUUCAGCACUUUCCCUUCAUAUGAAUGGAACCGAACGGUGGCUCUCUGGCAUGAACCAAACCCACGAAUAGUCCCAGAGGUAUUUAGCCGCGACCGCUAUGAAACUAAAUUCGGUAUGAGGACUUUGUGGGUACCUGGUCACCUUAGCCGUGAAUGUUAUGAAACUGUUUCGGCAUGGGGUGACCGUGCGGUUCACCGGACAACUUGGUUCGCGGUUUUGAACCACUUUGAAAUCCGCCAGGAUAGCGCUUUUUGGAGGGAAGGUGUCUGAGACUAAGAGGAACAAUCGCUACUUAAGAACCAGAUAGAGCACCCCGUAUUGCGGCCACAGGGGCUACCGAAAGCAAAAGCACCAAACACCCUGCAACUAUUUUGGGUAUAGGCCAAUGUGUGCGGCCGGUCAAAACAUUAACAUGGUGACGUUUCCCCUACUCUGCAUGGAUUUGAAUGCUCUUUGGAGAACUUGGGCGCUCAGAUCAGGGCUGUUUAAUUAUGAAUUAUUUGUGGGGUUAUUUUACCUUUCUAUUAUGUUUUUGGGUAUUUUUAUGUUUUAUAUUUUUUAUGUUUGCCUCUCUGUUCCUGGAAGAUAAUUAGCUCACUGGUCUUUAAUGCAAGUAUUUCCCAGGCCCAGAGAUUUCUGGGAAGGGUUUGUGCUGAAUACAAUGGAGACCCCCUGAUGGGGUCUGUGCAUAAAAGGCAGAGUGUGUCGUCUAGUUACUGGGAGGGGAAGGGCUAUAAUCACUGCUUAGAACCUUUUUCCAACUCGUGCAGGAUUUGGCUGAGAAAAUCCUUACAAGACUAGAGCUCUCAGGACUGUGUGCCGUCCAGUCCCUGGGAGGGAACAGAGCUAGUCCCCUAUCCUGCUGCCGGACGGAGAGGCUCCAGGAGGACCGCAGUGAAGCUACGCGACUGGGGCAGAAGCACUGAGGUUUUCUCCUGUUUCAGCUAGGAGGCGGUCCUUGGCGGAGGUAACCAGCCCGGGUACAGGGAUCUCCGCUACAGGAGUGUUCCUUUACCUUUUGCUGCUAUAUUAAACAAAUAUUAAAAUUAAAGUUUAGUGUUAAUUUAAACAAAUAUCUGACUAAUUUACAUGUAUCCUUAUGUUUAAUACCAAACUAGAUAUUAAUGUCAGUUAUAGGAAGAAAAAUUUAUUUUUAAUAAUUGAAGCUAUGUUUCUAUUUAGCUAACAUGGCUGAAUACUAAAAAAUACAUAAUUUCUAAGUUGGUUUUGUAAGCAAAAUGAUUUAGAUUUUGGGAGUUGGCUUUAUUUAAGGGUCAGGCACAGCACUUCCUGCAGCCCGGAGUCAGAUUCAACAAUAGUCGAGAGGAGAAGGUAAUUUUUCAUUUUGUGACAGGAUCAUUUGGCGAGAAUCAGGCAGACUUCUUUUCCAUUCUUCUUUAUGCUUCUGUUUUAUUUUCACUUUUUUUAUUUUAUGACUUUUAGUCACCUGUCAGUAUAAUUUCGCCUCCGUCCUUAGAAUAUUAAGCUUUUGUGUGGGAUGAGAUUUCAAGUGAAUACCUUCAUAGAUAGGACAUUCUUUUCCCAAUCUUUAUUUCAGCAGAAGCAUUUCUUUAUAUCUAAGAUGUUCUUAGUGUUAACUACAUAAUUGUAAUUAUACAGCUGUUGUAUAGGACAGAAUAGCCAGACACUUUAAACAGGUCCAUACUGCUUUCAAUUUUACUAUAAACUGGGAUGUACAGGGGAUAAUACGAUCAUUUCUUUUGAGUGUACUGUGCAAAUGCCACACUCACAAUUUUAGAAGAGAGAGAGAGAGUCAGCCCUAAAAAGGGGCAUGUUGAGAUUGCACACCAUAUCUAUUAUAUUAAAGUGCUUUGCUUAAGGGCUGAAUGCCCUCAGUGCAAUAUACACAAUGCUAGUGUAUCUAAUGAUGCACUCAUGCUGUGCACUAGGUAUUGUGUCCACAAGUGAAGGACACAAGAGAGCAAAGCCAGGACUAAAGUACAGACUAUAUAUUUGUGACUGUCCCACCAAACUCAGGACUGUUGGAAGUUAUGGUGAGUGUCACGGGUGGCGGUUCGGAAACCGGGACCCCUGAGUGCCUGAUGAAAAGUUGGGAGUCUCCAGCGUGGAAGUGGAUAAUCAGGUCCUGGUGCAGGGUAACACCCCCUGGUGUUGGUCACCAGCAUUUGUGCAGCCACAUACCAGAACCAUGAUGCAGUUUAAGCGGAUCCCAGGAACUAGGAGCUUGGAAUUCAGCAGACCUCCCAGGAGCUGAAUAGGGAGGCUCUGCAGCAAGAAUGUAUCCAGUACAGAAACAAGACAAGGCUAGGAUAGUCACCAAACAUGAAAACAAGACAGAACUAGUAGAACCCAGAACCAGAGAAGGAUCGGAAGCUAAACCCAGAACAUGUACACAAUACAUAAGGGAAACAUGAACAUAACAUGGGCAUGACUGGACUGUACAAGGACUGGGAUUACAAAAUGAAACAAGACAAGAUAUAAUAGGCAAAACAAGAGGAGACAUAACUAAGCACUAUAUAUGAAAAGUAUGGGGAUUUAGUUACAUUAUAUGACCAUACAUUGCAUAAGCCUGCCACAACGCCAAUGUACCCCAUAUUCGGCAGGUCCUACACUGCCUAAUGUUCACUAAAAGAACCAUACUAAACCACAAUAGCACUUACCUGCAAGAAAGGGCAGAAGGCUUGAGCAGCUGCCUGCUGGACACUGAAACAAAAGGAAUGAUGGAAAACAAACGGGUGUGGCAACAUAAAACAAACAUUUAAAUGAAACCAAGAGACUGGGAAAUCCAGGGACGGAAUAUAAGAAUGAACCCAGAAACCCGGCAUAAAGAAAACCAGACAUAGAAUAGAAAACCAAAAAAACAAGAAAAACUAAACAAGAAUUGUAAAAAGAGUACUGGACACCAGAAGCCAAGUCAGACAUCAGAACAGAGCAGAGCAGAUCCUGACAGUGAGAGAAUGAGCUGCCACUCACCCCCUACCCGUCUAGUGUAUUAGGACUGAAAGAACAAUGUGAUGUUCUGUACAUGUUGUCUAUUGAGUGUACGUGUUAUUACGAAGCCAACAAGAGAUAUCUGUUAUAAAAGAGGUGCAGUUUCUUUACAUUUGAACUGUUGCUUUCUCCCUAAAAACACCAAAACAUUAGCUCGAAAAUACAGUAUACAGCAUUGAAGAACAGUCUAAGCUGGAAAUGGAAGACAGAUCUUGUAAGAAUUUCUGGCAACAGACACCCUGGCAAAAGUGCAUUCCUGAGGAAGAGCUGAUUAAUUUUUCACUAAGAAAUAUCAGAUGAUUGCAGGAAAUUGAGACCCACUUAUUUUGGGCUUUAAUUUUAUUUUAAUAGUAUUACUUGGCAAAUUUAGUAACCUGCCUCUGCUAUUGUAGAGUUAGAGAACAGUUCUCAAACUGCACCACAACAGGUUAUGGGUGUCAACAGUACAUUUUUUUAGGGUGUGCACUCAGUAAAAAAUACUAAAUCUAAGCAUUACUGAUAAAGUAUAAAUGUUAAAUAUAAUGUACAAAAUACAGACACAGAUUUGUUCGCUCUAUUUAUCAUCAUGUGUCAGAUAUAUAUUGUUUAUAAAUCGAUGGUAAGACCCCAAACAGUUCUCUUGUAACUGUUAAUACAUAGUCUAUAAAAGGACCCCUUGAGACUUGAAGAGAGGAGAUUUCACCUACAGCAGAGGAAAAUAACAAUACAAAUUAGUACACUGCCUAAAGAGGCUGUUUUAUCAGACUCUAUACAUAUUUAUAAACAAUAUAUUUUGGAAAAAAAGAGUAUUUAAACACUAUAGUCAUCAAAACAACUUUAGCUUAAUGAAGCAGUUUUAGUGUAUAGAUCAUGCCUCCCAGGUUUCAUUGCACAAUUCACUGCCAUUUAGGAGUUAAAUCACUUUGUUUCUGUUUAUGCAGCCUUUGUAACACCUCCCCUGGCUCUAAUUGACACAGCCUGCAUGAAAAAAAAAAACUGGCUUCACUUUCAAUCAGAUGUAAUUUACCUUAAACAAUCGAAUAUCUUUCUCUGUAAAUUGAAAUGUAGUCACAUACAGGAGGCUCUUGCAAGGUUUAGCAAGCUAUUAACACAGCAGGGAAUAAAAAAAAAUCUAAAUUAAACAGAACUUGCAAUAAAGGAAGGAUAAAUUGUAGAUGACUCUUUACAGGAAGUGUUUAGGGAGGCUGUGCAAGUCACAUGCAGGGAGGUGUGACUAGGGUUCAUAAACAAAGUAAUUUAUCUCCUAAAUGGCAGAGAAUUGAGCAGUGAGACUGUAGGGGCAUGACCUAUACACCAAAAUUGCUUUAUUAAGCUACAGUUGUUUUGGUGACUAUAGUGUCCCUUUAAGGUUAUAAUAGUUAAUAUGUGUGUAAUAGCGUGUUGCUCCAAGGAGAAAUCUGACUGCCACUAGUCAAAAAAGUGCCUUUUGAAAGUACAUAUAUUUUUGUUUUUGCCUUCUUUUGAAUCAACUGCAAUAACACAGAUAUGUGAAAUGCUGAGUUUUUAUUCAGCCUUUAUGUCUAUGUAGCUAAGUAGAUAAUAUAUAACUUUAUAGUCAAGGUGUUGUAAAAACUAGCCCAAACUCUCCUAAAAGAGCCCAUGAAUACCACAAGACAGGGGAUAAGAAAAAAAAAAUGUUUCUACUCCUUGCACAUGCUUAUGCACAAGUGGAGGAGCCAAGUGCAGCAAGUGGCCUAGAAAGGUCCAGAUUGCAGGGACGUUAUCUGCCACAAAGACAGAAUAUGUAAGUAUCAAUCGAAUUACCUCAGAGUUAAAUCAAUAUCCACAAAUUAAUAGGACAGUUUACCACCAAUCUGCAGGACGGCAGGCUUGGAGGUCCCCAACUCCAUCAAGCUAAGCAAAAACAUACUGGUAGCAGCUGCUACCACAAACAUGUCACUUUUUAUAAAACAUACUGCAGCAAAUAUAACAGAGAACAGCUACAUGGGGGAGCCAUCUUGGUUCCACUUGGGUUGCUGCUCCACGUACCUCCUUCAAGUAUACUAAUAAAGUUUGUACCUCAGCUUUCAAUACUCCUGGAUCACAGUGUUUAUAUAAGUUUCAGUACAUGUUUGCUUACCUAGACUCGAGCACCAGUUUUUGUUGUCUGCUUUGAGGAUGCCCUGCAUGAGGAGACUGGGCUUGCAUUAGAUUUUGUUGACUCUGCAAUGGUGACUGUAGGUUAGUUCACAAAUAAAAUUUAACUACACCAUGGUAAACUGGAACUGGAGUGGUUUUAUUGCAAGAUAAUUUUUUUAUAUAUAUAAAAAAUUCUUGCACCAUAAGUACUACAGUGCAUUGCGUGUUCCUCUAACGUUACGGUCAUUAAACACAAUGUAUGCCAGGUGCAGAUCCAGAGCUUAAACUUUAGCAGGGUACACCACCAUAUUUUGUGACAUGGCAGUAGUAAAAGGAAAAAAAGCUCUUAUACAUAUAAAGCAGAUAUAACUGUAAACAGCGCCGCCACUACGGCAUGACAACCGUGAUGCCAUGAUAGAAGUGCGAUCUUCAGUUUCCGGCAUUUCCUCUCUCCAACUCUCACAAUCCCCUAGCAGUCAGAGUUUUGCCGCAAGUUACCAAGGGAUUGCUCCGCACGAUAUGCAGACCGGACUCACGAGAGUUGGAGAGAGGAGCUGCUGGAUGCUGAAGAUCACAAUUGCUGGGCUCCCUCUUCACUAUACAUGCACAUGGCAGCCUGCACAAUAACACUGGACAGUGUCAUUGUGCACACAUGCAUUAUUAAAAAAAAAAAGCCCCAAAGAAUGCCACCCCUGUCCUACCGCACAUAUGUACGCACACGCACACUGAGUACACUAGACAAACACACACACACACUGCAUCCCAUCCAUUAUACACAUCAUCCACUACACAAAUACACAAUGCAUCCACUAUGCACACACUGCAUCCACUAUGCACACACUGCAUCCACUACAAACACGCACUGCAUCUACUAACCACACACUACACACCUCAUGCACUACACAAACACACAGCAUUUACUAGACACACACACUCUGCACCCACUCUACACAUACUACAUCCAUGUAUGGCGCACUUGGGGUGGGCACCAGGGACCCAGACCUUGAGCUGUGAAGGGACCCCAAAAUUUCUGAUGACAGCCUUAACUGUGAGUUUUAUUGCUCCAAAGCUCUGUGAUAAAGAUAUAGAAUAUUACUAGACUUAUGCACUGGGUGAAGCAUUUUUCCUGAUAACAGAAAAUAUUCCAGCAUCUAAUUUUGGCCUAAUCUUGGCUCAGCUUGGCAGAAUUCUGGUACUGAAAAACUGAUACUGCAAAAUAUAUACAUAAUAUAAUAUUAUGUGGCCAUCUGGUUCACAGAUCACAGGUAAAAAACUAACCAAUAGAGGGAAAUCAGAAAAAAAAUCUAUAUUUAUAUAGUAUAUGUUUAUCAAAUAUAUACAAAAAAAUAUAUAGAUUUGUCUUACUUCGCUUUUUUACUUCCCUCCAUCUAUUGCUCACUUGACCUGUGAAUAAUAUCAACAUUUAGUGACUGUCCCCUAGACAGAUUAAUAUUUUUUUCCAUCAUCUCUUUUUAUUUUAAUGCGAUAUAUAGAAUCCAGAGUCACAAGCCAAAACGAACACGUCCAGCUAUUGCGUGUUUGGCUGGUUUGUGACUCAGGUACAUUUCGUCUCGAAGUUUGGGAGAAUUCAUCCAAUCACCCGAUUGGCCCUAUUUGGACAAAUUUCAGGAGACAAAUCAUGCAUAGAGCUCAUUACCAAGUAUUAUUUCUCUGGACUACCCUAUAUCACCUGUCCCCAUACGUGCCAGUUCAUUCACAUAUUGCAUAUCAUAUACAUUACUUUAGUACAUUUUCUGUAAUUUCUGAAUGUGUAUUUCACAUUCUGCAGUGUAAUGUUUGUGCAUAGCAUGAGACUGUGUUUCUAUUUCUCUGUGUGGAUAGCAAGGAGAUCUAUUUGGGGGUAAGGAAAGGGUUAAUUGGAAGAGGAAUAUGUGUGUAAUAGCGUGUUUGGGGGAAUGCAAGGGGUUACUUGGCAUGGGGAAUAUGCCAGCCUAAUUUGGGCAGGUAGAGGGUUAAUUGUCAGAGAAAUUAGGCAAUCUAAAUUGGGGAGGGAGAGGUUGAACUAGCAUGAGGUUGUAGGCUUUCGACUAUAGACUUGGUUAUUUGGCAUUGGGAAAUGGGGAAAUAGAGGUUAAUUGUCUGGAGCAGUAGGUGGCAAAAAUAAAAUCUUUCACCAGGGCCCUCUGUUCAUUAGUUCCGCUACUGAACAUUGACUUAUAUGUUAUCACUUGUAUUUGUAUCAUGGUAGAGAAUGAUACAAAACUUUGCAGGGAAUACGUAUUAUAUGUGUUUGCUUGGCUGCACAACUUUAACAGAGUACAGAUCAUAGCAACCUAAGCUGAAAACAUGUCUCUUUUUCACACCUUUCUCACACUCCCCCUUAAAUGUAGAAGAGAUGGAUUUGUGUGAAAUCUGAUAAAAUUCCGACACUACUGAGAUUACACACAAUAUUUUGUUUUCAAGGGAGAUCACUAGGGGAGAUUACGUUUAUCGGAGAACACUCAGAUUGCAUUAUAAGUAAGGUAAACCGUGACAGAUAUGUUCUGUGUCUUCUCAGACUCCGGAGAUUACUAGACAUUAAUGUUCUGAAUUAUGGAUGAGAUUUUAACAGAACAAAAGCAUAACUCCUAAAGAUACAUUUGCAUUAAGCUAGUUUUAUCAGUUUCAGUUAAUCACAGAAGCUGUUAUAUGUAUCCUUAAAUUCAUUUUAUCCUCCCUCUCAUUUGCGAUUAAAAUCUGUUUUGAGAAUAUGCGAAAUAAUCUCUAGAUUAAAUUUGAAACAAAUGAACCAUUCCAUCUAUCUGUAGAAAAAUUACAAUAAAUUCCAUUUUGUUGGACCCCCAUACCUAGAACAUAUUUUCAGUUGGAGCAGGUACCUGUGUGCUAUCAGGGAUCUCCUUUUUACAGCAUGAUUUUCAGAUAGCACAUGGGAUUAGAUGUAAAUGUUAGAGCAGCUUUAUCAGACUUUGUCAGCUAUAAUGUACAAAUGAUGGCAAACAAAUUUGGACAUUUGUUAAUUCUGCUGAUUUGGGGGAAGAAAAGUUUAUAUGAGAUCUGUAACUCACAGGUCUUUUUUCAGUGUUACUUCUUUAAAGUCUGCUUUGUUGCAAAUUGUGGCCCCAAAACUAUGAUAGUGUUCAGAGUCAGAAAGUAAAAAGUCAGGAGAGAUCUGUGAUGGAAAUCAAUUCCUGCAGCACAACUCCACCAAGAACCUUUUGUCAACUAUUCACUGAUAGUUCCUAUAGAAUGUCUGCUCAUAAAGUUCAUACGGCAGCUCUCCCAGACCAUGGCUGGGCCUGUUGGAUUCUUGGUGGGUUGAUUGAGAACCAGGCAACACUUAGUAAGGAUAGUAUUUUCCUGCCUUGACAUCAGUGGUUGAACUGAUGUAGAGAGUGCUCUGGUGCAAGAAUAGUUUUGGGACCCCUGUAGCGCUAACAUUAGAAAAAAAGGUAGAUCCCCAUCUGUCAUACAAAUCACACAAUGCUUUGACAGUUCCGGAUCUACCAUGUGCCCAUCCGUGCAGAACUGUAUUUCUGUGUAGUGUUGGCAUGUUAAUGCAACUGUGUGUUUGUAUGUACUGUUGCUAUUUGAAAGUAGAGGUGUACUUAUGUGUAGUGUUUGAAUGUGUUUGUAUGUAAAGUUGGCAUUUUGUACUGGGAUGUAUGCACAUAUACUGCCCCACUCAUACACACUGUCACAUACACACAUAUACACACAAAGAUAACACAUAUAUAGACACUGACACAAACAUGCAUAUACACACACAGAUAACACAUGCACACACUAACACAUACUCAUAUGCACACACAAAUAAUACAUACAUUUACACACACUGAUACACACAUACAUACACACAGAGAUAACCGCUAUACACACACUGACACAUACACACAUAUAUACACCUAUAAACACACACAGAUCCACAUAUAUAAACACAUUCACAUAUACACACACAGACCACAAUUUGCAUAACUUUAGCCACCCCCUGCUGAAAUACUUUUUUGUGCAGUAGAGUGGCUUCCCUGGGGUCAGGUGACAUCUGGCUAGGUCUGGUCCAGGCUUAUCCUCCUCUCUGGUCCUACCCUCUCUCCUGGGCAUCUCAUUGGUAAAACGUAAAUAAGUGACUUGUACUCACUUCCUCCCAGCACCACGGCUUCGCAUCCAGGGCCACCAUCAGGGGCUGACAACCAUGAUGUUUGUCACGGGCCCGGCAUUCCCUCUCUGCAUAUAAAUACAGCGAUGAUCGCUAUAUAUAUGUGCAGCUGCAGGCCCCGGCUCCCUGUACUUGCAGGGGGGCCCGGCACACUGCAUCUCUAGAUUACAGCCCCUUGUUCUCAUUAGCAUUACCACAUGUUACUGUGGCAGCGCUACGCGCGCCUCGCACGCCACGCUCGAGAGAGUUAAUAAGUGCGAGGAGCUAUAAUGUACAGAUGCAGUGUGCAAGUACAGGGAGCCGGGAGCCCCACCAUGCCACCGGACCACCAGGGAAGGGAAUCACCCCCCUCCCUGGACCAGGUAAGAGGCAGGGAGGGGGAAAUAACAUUUAUUACAUUUAAUGUGAAAAAAAAUGCUCCAUUUGCGCAACAUUUACACCACAUGCAUACACUAGUACAGCAUACACUCUGCAUUCAUUAUACUGGCACACACUUUGUAUUCACUACACUGACACACACUCUGUAUUCACUACACUAGCACAUACUCUGCAUUUACUACACUGACACACACUCUGCAUUCACUACAGUAGCACAUACUCUGCAUUCACUACACUGACACACACUCUGCAUUCACUACACUAACAUACACUCUGCAUUACCUAUAUCAUCCACUACACAAACAUCCUGCAUUCACUAUACACACACUACAUCCACCACACAUUCAAACACGCUGCAUUCACUAUACACAGACACUGCAUCUAAUACACACACAUUACAUCCACUACACAGACGCUGCAUCCACUAAACACAUUGCAUCUAAUACACACAAACACUACAUCCACUACAGAAACACACUACAUCACUACACAAACACACACUACAUCCACUACACAAACACUCUGUAUUCACUGUACACACACUACAUCCACUACACAAACACACACUCAGCAUUCACUAUACACACUGCAUCCGCUACACAAACACACUCUGCAUUCGCUGUGCAAACAGUAUCUAAUACACACAAACACUACAUCCAUCAAACAUGCACUCUGCAUCCAUUGCACACAUUGUAAUUUACAUCAACUGUACACACCACAUUCAGUCUUGCAUCAUUGUAAACGGACUCGGUAGGUGCCCUGUCAAGGGCCCCAAAAUUUCUGAUGACAGCCCUGUUCGCAUCUACAAGAAGUCCAGUCGUGCUGUUAUAGAGCCGAAGUGCCUGACCUUGCCCAUGAUUUGACAUGACCAUUGGGUGGCCCUUAAUGUAUAGGCAACCUGAUUGACCCCACUGAGCUUGUGAGCACGGUAGUUCUGCCACUACUUGAGGAUUAUGUCCCCUCCACAGCUCAUGUGGCAUUGAAGCAUUAACCCCUUAAGGACACAUGACAUGUGUGACAUGUCAUGAUUCCCUUUUAUUCCAGAAGUUUGGUCCUUAAGGGGUUAAGAGAUCCCCAUACUAUAUACACCAAUUGACUGUUUAUUCUUUAGAUUUUAAGUUUGUUUGGGCAGGGCCCUUGUCACCUACUGUCUUUCCUAAUGCCUAGAUAUGUAGCUAUGUGCUAUGUGCACUACUGACCUUUUAUUGAUGUGCUGGGGAAUAAGCUGCAUAUAAAAUCUGGGAGUCCAGGCCAACUCCCCGGUCUUGUAACCCUCCCUGUCACAGGUGCCUAAUUCCAGGGCCCUAUUUUACCUUGCCCUGCAAAGAGCCUCAGAAGGAAGCAUUAGUUAUUGAAUUAAUCUCACAAGAGCAGGCAUUAUGCUGCUAGAGUAGGACCUGUCAAGAAUGGGGUACAUUGACGUUGUGGCAGGCUUAUGCAAUGUAUGAUCAUAUACUGUAACUUAACACCUGUUAUUUUUAUCUGGGAGAGGUGUCUUUAAACAAGACUAGAAACAUAGAAACAUAGAAACAUAGAAACAUAGAAUGUGACGGCAGAUAAGAACCAUUCGGCCCAUCUAGUCUGCCCAAUUUUCUAAAAACUUUCAUUAGUCCCUAGCCUUAUCUUAUAGUUAGGAUAGCCUUAUGCCUAUCCCAUGCAUGCUUAAACUCCUUUACUGUGUUAACCUCUACCACUUCAGCUGGAAGGCUAUUCCAUGCAUCCACUACCCUCUCAGUAAAGUAAUACUUCCUGAUAUUAUUUUUAAACCUUUGUCCCUCUAAUUUAAGACUAUGUCCUCUUGUUGUGGUAGUUUUUCUUCUUUUAAAUAUAGUCUCCUCCUUUACUGUGUUGAUUCCCUUUAUAUAUUUAAAUGUUUCUAUCAUAUCCCCCCUGUCUCGUCUUUCCUCCAAGCUAUACAUGUUAAGAUCCUUUAACCUUUCCUGGUAAGUUUUAUCCCGCAAUCCAUGAACCAGUUUAGUAGCCCUUCUCUGAACCCUCUCUAAGGUAUCAAUAUCCUUCUGAAGAUACGGUCUCCAGUACUGUGUACAAUACUCCAAGUGAGGUCUCACCAGUGUUCUGUACAAUGGCAUGAGCACUUCCCUCUUUCUACUGCUAAUACCUCUCCCUAUACAACCAAGCAUUCUGCUAGCAUUUCCUGCUGCUCUAUUACAUUGUCUGCCUACCUUUAAGUCAUCAGAAAUAAUCACCCCUAAAUCCCUUUCCUCAUAUGUUGAGGUUAGGACUCUAUCAAAUAUUCUGUACUCUGUCCUUGGGUUUUUACGUCCAAGAUGCAUUAUCUUGCACUUAUCCACAUUAAAUGUCAGUUGCCACAAUUCUGACCAUUUUUCUAGUUUACCUAAAUCAUUUGCCAUUUGGCUUAUCCCUCCUGGAACAUCAACCCUGUUACAUAUCUUAGUAUCAUCAGCAAAAAGACAUACCUUACCAUCAAGACCUUCUGCAAUAUCACUAAUAAAAAUAUUAAAGAGAAUGGGUCCAAGUACAGAUCCCUGAGGUACCCCACUGGUGACAAGUCCAAGCUUCGAAUAUAUUCCAUUAACUACAACCCUCUGUUGCCUGUCACUCAGCCACUGCCUUACCCAUUCAACAAUAUUGGAAUCCAAACUUAAAGAUUGCAGUUUAUUGAUAAGCCUUCUAUGUGCAACAGUGUCAAAAGCCUUACUGAAAUCUAGGUAAGCAAUGUCUACUGCACCACCCUGAUCUAUAAUUUUAGUUACCCAAUCAAAAAAAUCAAUAAGAUUAGUUUGGCAUUAUAUGAGCUUUGAAUCUGCUGUUUAGUGAAUGAGUGACUGCACUGGAUGUUGUAUGUCAGGGAUGCUUACAAGGUAGAUCUUAAGAUAUUUUAAAACUACAGCUUCCAUGAUGUUUCGUUAUUCUAAAGCAUUCUAAAGGCAUGCAAAGCAUCAUGGUAGUUGUAGUUAUACAACAUAUGUGGAUCUACCUUUAGGACACCCCUGUUGUAUGUUGUGUGGGAUUUUAUAUAGGCAACGUGAAAUAUACUUUUUCUAUAUUUCUGUAACAUUUUAAAACAAUCCAUGUGCUAGUAACGUCUUGAAAGAGUCAAGCAAUAAUGAGCUUCAGGUAUAGCAUGAGAUAGUGAAAUGAUACAAUUAAUGACAGAUUAGGAAGUGAAUUUCCUGUGUGUUCUGGAAGAUCUCUCACUGAGGUGUAAUGUAGGGAAAUUUGCAGCACUUCAUGGCAGUUAAUAUCUUCCCUUUCAUCUCCAGUACCUUGAUUAUACAGCAAACACACUCCCUCUACUAUUUGGAAUGACAGGAUUUCUUUAAAGAUAAGAGGAUAAAAGAACAAUGUGUUCUCAAUAUAUUUAGUAGAAAUACCAGGAUAUUAAACACAUCCUCUGUGAAAUCUUAAGGAGGGUGUUAACCAUCAAUUAGUCUGUUCUCCUUGAUACAUAUCUUGGGUGACUGAUAAAGCCUCAUGGUAUCUGUGUAUUCACUGCCAUAAAAAUGGCAUACUUUAGUAGCCCAGAUGUUAGUGAACUACAUUUCCCAUGAUCAGGGCUUGACAUUUUAAUUCCUGUGCUACUAGACUAGAGUAAAAGUUACUUGCCACUUCAAACUUGAAGAGGCCUCAGAACACUCACCAGGACUGAAUUUUCACUUGCCAAUGCAAUGAAAAAUUGCAUUGGCAAUUUUUAUAUAAUGUUCAUUCUUUGGUGUUCGGAUGGGAAGCCCGAAAAUGACCGGUCAUUGCCUUGUUUUCUGUGGAACUAUUUUAGGACAACACUUCGUGGCUGACCGGUCAAUACAUCAUUCGAAUGGCAAUUCCAAACCACCGAAGGAAUCUGAGUGCUAUUUUGACAAAGUGGGCGCCCAGACUCAAGCUAUUCAGGGAUAUGACUUUGUGGGGUUACUACACUACUAUAAUGUAUUUUUGGGGUAUUUUGUAUUAUAUUGUAUUGUAUCUCGUAACAGAGAUAAUUAAGUUAUCUGAUUUUGGGCUCAAUUAUCUCUCAGAGACAGAGACCCUUGGGAAGAAACCUGUGUGUUUUUGCUAUGUAGACCCCAUGCUAGGGGCUGUGCAUAAGAGCCGUGUGUGGCCAAAUAAAGCUCAGAUGACUCCGAGAUCUUUGUUUCAUAUAGUUACUAGGGAGAGGGUGGGGGGGAGGUCUUACAGCUCUUCUAUUACAGCUCUUUUUUCAGCUUCGAGGAAGGAAUAGUGGAUAUAUGGAGCUACCUAGUCAUGAUAUCGAAGUUCCGUUGAGACCUCUGCCAAAGUCCUACGUCUGUCCUCUGUCCGUACUCCCACAUCUGAUGCUCGCCUGCAAGACUUCUCUAGGGAUGCACCUUUUCUGUGGAACUCCCUUCCCUUCUCUGUUAGACUUUCACCCAGUCUCCACUCCUUCAAAAACUCGUUGAAAACACACUUAUUCAGGAAAGCAUAUCAUUAAAACCGUUAUCGGGUUUUCAUCGCCCCCCCCAUGACUACUCUCCUGCAACUGUCAAAAAUAACCUACUAAGUGAUUACUUUUCUAGCAACCUAUUUCAUUUCCCCUACUUUUACCCUUUGUGUUACUAUACCCCACAUGUCUGUUAGUCCACCCAUUGUACAGCGCUACGGAAUUUGCUGGCGCUAUGGAAUUUGCUGGCGCUAUGUAAAUAAUAAAAUAGUAAUAAUAAUAAUGUAUAAAACCUGUUCUAGGCUAAAAAAAAAAAGCAAAUGUUGAUCACAGAUUGGGUUUGAGUUAAUACAAUGGGGAUUGGAAAUGCCCAAUCUGGUUUAUUUCCUAAGUAAAUUAUUUAGAAGAGAAUCAUAAUCCGUGUAUCAGUCCCCUUGCCAGGUAUGUCAGGGCCAGAAUACUCUUAGCUCAGCUAGUUCCUGACUCAGCGGACAUAUUGUGCAUUUUUUUCUUUAUUCCUCCAAGGACAACCAACCCAUUGGUUUGUUGAUCCAUUAUACCAGCACACUCAGCUUUUUUCAAUCAAACUGUUUAUUCCCUUAGAGCGGUACUAUUGUGUGGAGCUUGGCUGUUAAUGAAAUACUAGGAUAGGAAAUUUAUGCUGUUUGGGUGAAGCCUAUUAAGAACACAUGGGUGGACAGACAGUAUAUUGACUGUCUAAAUCAGUAGGUCAGCUUGGUACCUAGUUAAAAUCUGAUAGGACAGAUGCAAGAUUUACUUUAUUUUUGUUCCCUAUGAUGUUUUACAAGUAGGGCAGAACGCUUGUGUUAAACACUAAGCAAAAAUCAUAGCUUUACGUGUUUUUAUUUUGGUAUCAUAGGAAAUUAUCUCUGUUUAACAGUGUCCUUUUCGAGUUUUACUAAUAUUUUAAUCAUAAUAUAUAGAAAACAUUUAUUAGCAGAAACAUUACUAUUCGGCAAGAUAAGGUCCAUUAGGGAAAUAUUAAUUUCUAAUUCAAUUAAUUGAUUAGAUGUAUAAAGUGAGGCUUAAUUUUGCAUGAAUAUAUGUCAAAUUAAAUUACCAGUCCCCAAACUUACGUGAGCUGAGCUUGAAAACUUUCCGUAAACACUGUUGACCUUUUUUGUUUUGGAAUGCAAUAAAAAAAUAUUUUAGCCCAUAAAUAUCUGCUUCAUCUUUGAUCCAGCACUGUCUUUCACCUUGCAGAGUGACAAAGUUAUCUGCCAAUUGUCUGUUGUAUCGGUGUCUGUACAUUGCAGGUAUUCUUUUCUGCCUGUAGUAACAGCCUGCAAUACCUUGUACUAAUGCUCACUGUUACUAUACAUACUGUUUGUGAAUAUUAUAUGAACGUUCAGAUGGUCUUAACAUUCCGUAAGCACAUUUGUAGGAAGCUGCAAUCCCCCCAAAAUUCUCUGGUUUCCUUGUAAUAACACAUAAGCAGGCUAUUUAAAACUUUUUAGUUAUCAAUUUAUAUCAGAUCUGCCAAAUGCGGCAAAACUGUAUUUUUGCCUGUAUAUCAGACCCGGCCUGGGAACAUUUUAUUCCCUAAUAUUUUUUUAUAAAGAAUGGAUGGAUAAAUUAAAUAUUUAAACUGGUCGAAUUUACAUAUUCGUACUUCAGGUUUCCAUGUACAAAAAUUUUUAUAUGAAAUUGCUCUUCAUGCUUAAUUUAUGUGAUAAUUGUCUAUCUCCUCUUCAGAAGGGUUAUUCAUUAUGUCAGAAGCAACAAUAUCAUUUGUUUCUUUUGACUGUAGUCGGUUGCAUGAAGUGAAGUAUAGUGUUACGAUCUUUUAAAUGUAGCUGUGACAAUAUAAUUUGUUAAUUUAGUAUAUAGUCUGUUGAAUGAAGUCAUAUGUAAAGUUAGAUAAGAGAUCUAAGAUAUAUAAAACCCUCUAAAGUGGGAUCUAAAACACUCUGUUUUUUAAUUUGUAUGUGUAAAAUUAAUUACUGGGAAUCAAUGAAAUGUGGUAAUGUGGUCAUUCGAUAUAGAGAAACUGAUAUGCAUCAGCCAUUGUCUUGCUUCAGAAUGUAAUGACCCUCACAUAACCAAGGGCCAACUAAGAGAGUUUCAACACAACCAUCUAAAUAGAGACAGCUUUAAAUAAGCUCAACAUUUUUUCGAAUCCUACCCAAUUAGACAUUGUACCAGGUGUAAAUUUCUACUUGCCAGAGUUGGAUUUUUACUUGCCAGUGGAUAGUGGAGAGUGAAAAUUUUGAGCCAUACCAGUCUAAAUUUCCAGGGCAAAUGUUUGUUAUUUUUGUAUUAGUUUUUACUCUUUUUUUAUUCUGUUUUAUCUAAACACAUCUUAUAAUUUGUAGAACAUAUAUAAUAUAUUUUAUUUUUCUGUUUUAUGAUACAGAUCCUUGAAGAAAACAUGAAACUAGAGUGUAAAUGUCAUGGCGUGUCUGGAUCCUGUACAACAAAGACAUGCUGGACCACAUUACCUAAAUUUCGGGAAUUAGGAUUUGUCAUGAAAGACAAAUACAAUGAGGCUGUCCAUGUGGAACCAGUACGUGCUAGCAGAAACAAGCGGCCAACCUUCCUGAAAAUUAAAAAGCCUCUUUCUUAUCGCAAACCCAUGGACACAGAUCUGGUGUACAUUGAGAAAUCUCCAAACUAUUGUGAGGAGGAUGCUGUGACUGGCAGCCUGGGAACACAAGGCCGAAUGUGUAACAAAACAGCCCAGCACAAUAGUGGCUGUGACUUAAUGUGUUGUGGAAGGGGUUACAACACCCACCAGUAUGCCCGAGUGUGGCAGUGUAACUGUAAGUUUCACUGGUGCUGUUAUGUAAAGUGUAACACAUGCAGUGAGAGGACUGAGGUGUUCACCUGUAAAUGAGAAGGUUGUCAAGCCGAACAAACCUGCUGAGCAUGGGAUCUACAGCCGUACAUUUGCACAGGUGCUCAAGAGUGGCUUCCAAAACUUUUAGAUUUUUUUAAAACACCACUUCCACCACCCAUUCCUGUAUUGAUAAGUACUCCUAAUGUUAUUGUUCAAUUAAAGAUGGGUGGAAAAAACUCAUACAGUAUGUAGCCAAACCUGAGCAAGAGACAGAUAUGUCUCCAUUUAACAUUGCACAUGGUCUUCUUUAGGAAAAUGUUCCAGAGCAAAAAAAAAUCUAUUAGACUACUAGGAGAAUGGAACUUACCAAUGCUUUGAUCUAGAUGGUUAUCACAAAUACACUGACCACUUUAAUAACAUGGAUGGGGUAACAUGGAACUUGUGUGAAUUCCUGCUUAGCGUUUGCAGAUUUAGAUUGUGAAAAUCCUUUACUUUUCUAAGUGAUUUCCAUUCUCACAAAAUUUAAUUUAGAGUUUUCAUACACAUUGAUGGCUCUCAUCACUG